AUGUUGGUCGCCAUGACUGCAAUGCUCGUGUCCGUAGCGGAAUUCUCCAAUAUACUGUCCGUUUUGGCCGUGCUCAUAUGUUUUUGCGCCAUGUUCCUGUUGAUCAUGAGGUAAGUUCAAAACCAUGAUAUUUUAACAUUAUCGUCAUUACCUAUUAUUAUUGGGUAUCUAGUUAUAAGUAAUACUAAUAUUGUCAUUUCGCUUGUGUACCAAAAAGACACUGCUGAAAAUCAAUAUUAGAGAAAUAUAAUAUUAUGGUACGUCGGGAUUUGAUAACGUGUGUGGCAUUAGCCCGAAAACUUUCAAUAAAACAAUAUUUAGGUAUAACGUCAUAAACUAGGUAGGCAGGUUGCCUACAUUCACUGGUUGCAUUCACUUUUCAUGGACGGGCCCGCGAUGACGUUCAGAAUUGUAACCGUAGAGUAAUAAUUUGUAAUACAUUAUUUCGUACAUUUUCGGUGUAAUAUUGUCCGGUUUUAGCCAUUUUGAAUACAUUUUUUUUUUCAAUAAUAACGUGGUCAUCCGAUGGCGUAAUUUCGUGUUCGACACCGGUCUUUAGGUAGACGUUUUUGUCGUGUUUGUCUCUGUGUUUGCCGGUUGAUGGACCACUAUAGUCUGAUUAUUUUUAUUUAAUUAUUACUUAACAUUCGGAUUAAGAAGACACCACAGUAACAUAAUAUUAUAAACACAGGCACGCAUGUACACGGCUGCCCGGGUGUUUGAACGCCCGUCUGAACAUUUUUGGUGAACAAAGAACCCGUUAGAUUACAUUAGACCAGAUGAUUUAGCGUACAUGGAUGUAGAUAUUGUAUAAUAUAAAUUAAUUAAAUAUUUUAGUUUUUACAAUUUUGAAAAAAUUCGAUAUAACUAUAUUCAAUGAGAAACCUGAAAUUUUAUCGGCGCUACUUAUAUCGUUACCACUGCGGUUGUAACCUAUUUCGUGACUACAGAUACCACAGUGAAGUAUUGCAGACGAUAAUAAUGACUCGCAUGUAUAUUAACAUUAUAAGUAUUUGCAUGUGAAACAUACACAAUUUUUUCUCAGGGGUAGAAGAGGUGUUGAAAGUUACCUAUUAGUGGGAUCUAUUAAAACCUGACGGUAUACAGUCAAAUUUUCAUUAAAUUAACGAUUUUAAAAUAUAAAACGAUGUUCAUUAUAAAUUUAAUGUAGUAGUAAAAAAAAAAAAAAAGGUGAGUGCAAUGGAGUAUUUUUUUAUAAACGUUUUAAGAUCAAGUUUUGACGAAAAUCGCUAAGAUUAUGUAAUUUCAAACCAUGUGUAGCUGAACUUUGAUUAGAAUUGUUUUCCAUUAGCAAUGGUUUUUUGUUGCGUACAGAUAUAAAUUAAAUUGCUUUUUGUAUCCCACCUUUCUAACUCCCUAGUCCUUACUUACAACAAUAGCACACUCAUUAUCAAUAUUGACAUUAUAAAAUUUAUUUAAUUAACUUACUUUUCUACCAGAUAUCUUGUUCCAUUAAAAAUAUGAAUCGAGACCUUUUUUCGUUGCAUUUAGGGAUGUAAGUUUUUGAUUUUCCUUUAGGUUUCCUAAUAAUUGAGUAGGAACAACGGGGAAAUGAUCGGUUAAAUUAUUUUCGAUUUUCUAUUUUUGUUGUGAUUCAGUUAAAAACAAUCAUAGAGAUCUAAAAAUUCCAUACAGUUUAAUUUUAUCGACGUGGUAACAUUUUCAGAACUUUCUAGGGACUUUUGAACUAUACAAUUAUUAAAAUCUUAAUUUUUUUAAUUAUGUCAUUUCACGUAAAACGUAGCGGUGCGCCACAGUUGUCGGGGCGGUAGAAACGGCUGUAUAGAGGAGGUAAUUUGGACGAUGCGCUGCUGUUUAACUAUACAAUUCAUAAAUUCAUAUGUGUUUUAUUAUUAUUUAUUUUAAAGAACUGUUUAACCAUUUUCAGAAUCGUAUUUCGUUAGCAUUGAUUUAGCGUUGCGUAUAGAUAUAAAUUAAAUAACUUUAUGUAUUCUCUCUUUCUAACGUCUUUAGCUCCAAGUUUUAUUAAAACCGGAGGUUGGUACCGUUUUGUAACAUUGAAAAUCCGGUUUUGCUCUUUACUGCCUGUAAGAAAGUAAACGGUAAAAAUUUUACUGUGUCGUACGAACAAAAUAUCUACUGGUUUUCAAUAAAUCAUGUUUUCAGCGUUUUUACAUAAUUUUCUCUUUGGUUGAUUAAAAUUAGAUAGAAUAAGAACAGUAAUGUUUUAAAAUUACGCAGUGAAUGCGGCUGAUGUUUACGUGUGUUUAGUAGCAAUGUAUUAUGAUUUUUUUUUUAAUAAUUACAAUCGGUAUAAAUAAUUAUUUAUCCUUAAUAUUUGUAAUAAUUGUUUAAUUUUAAUUUAAAUUUAAUAAUAGCAAGUUAAAUAUGUGUAGGUAUACGGGUAUACAUAAUUUAGUUUUAAGAUUUACCUAUAGGUAUUUGGUAUAUAUGAUUACUAAGCUUUAUUACCCGGGCGUAAAAUAAUAAUAAUAAAAGUCAAGGAGGAAAGGAUUACCUUACUAAGGAUUACCUUACCUACUUAAAAUCCCGUCGGCCAUUUCUAUUAUUAUUAUUAUUAUUAAUAAUAGUGAUCCCGAAAGCGGAAAGACGAACACUGAUUAUCGUAUAAUCUGGGUUACUCUAGCAAUAUAUUAUUAAGGUAGUGACGAACAAGCCAUAAACUGACUAUAAACUGAAGUUAGUAUAGGUUAGGUUGGGGUAUAAAUGUAAAAAAAAAUAAAAAAAUGUUUAAAAAUGCUGGCAAGUUUAUUCGUAAUUGGUCAAACGUUUUUACAUAAAGACUCACAAAAAAUACCUUGAUUUUAUAUUGAACACUAGGUACCUACAAUCCAUGUACCGUAUUGAAUCCACAUUGGACAGAUAGAUGCGUAAACGUAUAAUCGUUUGUAUGUGUAUUAUAUAUACAUUUUUUUUCAUCCUGUAUAGCUACGAUCAAAGGGGAACACACAUAACGAGAACCUGUUUUGCAUUGCAAAUGUUGACGGUUUAUUUUUCUAGAUAGUCACAAAUAUACGUCUGGUGUGUCAUAAUAUGUAGGUUCUUCUGCACAUGAUAUACGAACAAUAUUAAAAUAUAUAAUUAAGCAGGUAUGUUUCAAACAUAUUGAACAUAGGUAUUUGUAAUACUAAAUAGUUUGUGCUGAAAAUGCGUGUUGAUCUUGGAAAAUAAAAUUUAAAAUCACUCAAACAAAAAAAAAAAAAAAAAUGAAACAGUAGUUGUUAACAAAAAAAAAGUGUGAAGUUCGGUUAAAUACGUUUUGAAAUGCUGUAAUAUUUAUGACCAAAUACCUAUUUAUAGCUCAAAAAACGCCAAAAUGUUUUAAAAGUGUUCAUAUUUUCACAUUUAUUUUUAACCGCAUUACAAUUAAAAAAAAAGAGCUGAUCUACUGCUGAAAGAUGCGCCACUAUUGUAAGUGGGAAAUUGGGAAGGUAGGGUAUAGAGUUAAAUAAAUUAUUGUCAACAAAAAAUGAUUUUGAGUGAGGUUCGUUUAUACACAAUUUCAAAGGCCAUAAUAUUUACGGUUUCUAUUAAAAUUUGUUCUUAAAACCAAUUAUUAAAACCAAAAUUACUACAUUACACUCUACUUUUUUUUUUUUUGUUACUAAGUACAACUUGUUAUGAAUCUCCGGUUAAAUUGUCAAGUGUUUUUGUUUUUUUUUGGGCAAAAAGUGGUAUCCAUUUUUUUUUAUAAAAAAAAAUAAACAUUAUUGUACAACCAUUUUUUGAGUAAAGCAAUAUUUCUGUCAGAAAAAAUUGUACGUAAAAAUUAAAAAUAAUAAAAUCAGUAAAUAUCACGGCAUGCCGUAAAUAUUUGUUGUUUUUCUUAUAAUUUUGUGUCUGGUUUUUCCUAAUUAUUUUGAAAACCCUUUAGAAAAUCAAAAAAAUGACCUGUACUUUCAAUUCGUUCCAAAAUGCUACAAACUAGGUCUCUUGUCAUUUUUUAAUUGGAGCAAGUUUUAUGUUUGAAAAGUUGUUUGCAGACAGAAAUAAAACCACAUAUCAUAUAGUAAAGCCAAUGGUAUACAUUCGCUCUGAAUCUAAAACAAAACCGAAAAUAUUGAAAUAGUUAAACAGUAAUUUUUCUCGUUUAUCCCAUAGUAUAUCUUCCCAUCAUACCAGCUAGUCGAAAUUCGUUUUCAGAAAUAAUUCUAUUUACUUGAAAAUCCGAUCAAGAUUUCUCGUAGAAAAGUGUUUUACAGACAAACAGAAAAAUAUAUUACUUCCUCGCUAUGUUCAGAAUCUAAAUAAAAAAAAACCGUAUAAUUAAUAGGUCAAUACCCAGUGUCACGGUUUCGUUAGCAAAGUAGAUGUUAUACAGUUGUGUACCUUACCUAUAUGUAAAAUAAGAAAUAAUGUAUCAAGAUUAACAUGCAAUAAUAUUAUUCGAUAACCAUGUCGGUGUUAUACUUACGGUCAACGGGAAGCACAGCAUUCCUAUUAAAAUCGUGUAGAUGUUUUAAUAGCCGUUAUUAAUAUCGAAUUCAGGCUAAAUCUUUGGCUAAGUUGUUUAUGUAAUACUAUUGUAACGGUCAUUUUUAAAUUGUCCCGUUUAACGCUAAUUUUGUGCACAUUAUAUUAAACUUAAUGUUUUUAAAAUUGGUGAGUAGAUAACAAGCGAAUUAAUGUAAUAUGAAGAAGCGAAAGUGUAGUAUCAUCAUCAUUUGUAUUGUAAUAGAAAUUCAAAUCUAAUUAUAGAUUUAUUCGAAUAAGUCUUUUCAGUGCGUAAUUUUAUUAAGAAUGUCGAACUUGUCAUUAAUUUGAACCAGUAGAUCGGCAAAUGAAUGAAAACUGUAAAAAUAAGUACCUUGAAUCCUUGAUAUUGUUAAUGGUUUUAUAUAAAGACCGGAUUUAUAUUCUUUUAUAACCCACAAAAAGGCGCUUAAAAACACCAAAAAAUCCCUGAAAAAAAACUUAAAACAUUUAAAAAUUAAAUAUGACAGAAGGGUUUUAAAGUCCUCCUCUAAUGGCAUUGAUUCAUUUAUUUAUUUUAUUUAUUUUUAUGUAUACAUUUUUUAUUUAUAUAUUUAUUUACUAUUGGUAUUUAUUUACUUUAUUUAAUAAAUAUAAAUUACAAAUUUUUUCUGUGAACAACUUUUCUUCCAGUAAUUUUGUUCCAACUUUUAAUAAUAGUUUCUGAAAAGAAAUUUCACUGAGGAGGUAUUUUAAAGAGGUCAUUUUUAAAUUUUCUCAGGAGUGUUUCAUCACAUUUGAAAAAACCAGGAUAAAACACGGAAAACUGGGAAGAACGUAGGAUAACUGGAAAAAUCGGUCCACCAUUAAACAAAUAUUAUUAAAAAAAAUAUAUCGAACUUAUUUAAUAAUUUUACUAUAAUAUGGCAUAUAUAUUAUUGACAAAGCAUCACUAUUAACUGAACUCUGCUCAGAAUCAUUUAUUCGUAAACAAUGGUUUAUCGUUGCAGAUAUACAUUAAAUUCCCGCCUGUAUCCUACCUUCCUAACUAUCCACCUCCACCAGUAGCUGCACCCGUCCCCAUUAUCUUACUCUUCGAUUUUUGUGUUUGUUCUCCGUAAAUUUUAAUUCGAAUGGUUUAUAUUAUACAAUUUAUUUAAAAACAAAACUCAAAAUCUAUUAGUUGAAUAUAAUAUAUCAUAUCAAAUACAGAUAUACAGGACGAUUCACUAAGCCUGCUCACCUUUUUUUGGUUAAAUUUUGCAUGUAUUUUAAUUUUGGUUUUUGAAAUUUUUAAGUGUAACUAAUACUGAUUAAUACUGAUAUUUUCAAAUAUUUAGAUUUUUCACAAAAUUUAAGGAAUUUCCUGCACGGCGCGCGGUAUUUUAUUAGUGCUUCACUAUUUUCCCCUUACUUGAACUUAAGAGUGGAAAUCAAAAAUGUUGACACCAAAAUGUAUUUAAAGUAAUAAACUCCGUUUAUUUAUAGGUUCUCAUUUGAAAAACCGAAGUUGGUAUCAUCACAUGAUAUUCCUCAAAUAAAUGUUAUGGAAAAUCUAAGUAUUCGAAAAUAUUAGCUUUAACUACGUUAAAAAAUUCCAAAAAUUAGAAUUUGAAUAUACGUAAAAUUUAACCAAAAAAAUGGGUGAGCACACUUAGUGAGCUUACCCUGUAAGCAUCCUGUAUAUUAUUAUAACUGUACCUGCCUAUUUUAUUCAAUCAUUUUAUUGCUUUCUUAUAUUCAAAAAAUUCGCCAGCGCAAACCAGUGUAUUUUCCCUUAAAAAGUAAACCGGUGUGGUUUUAAGAAAUUCGCUGUAUUUUAAACCUAUUUAAAAAUGAGGCACACUGUUUUACUUUUUUUUGACCACGAUAACUAGGUGGUCGAUAAAUACCGAUCACGAUUCGUCCCCACCAUGAACCACCACAAAUUUGAUAUUUCCCCUUAUUUAAUUUAUUAUUAUGUUAAUUAUAAACAUUAUCAGUUUUCACGGUUAUUUAAAUUUAAAAUCUCUUAAAAAUACUUUUAAUAAAUCUUAAAAUCUAUCUUAUUGUUAAUUAUUAUUAAUUAAUUUUUAUUAAUAGAUUUUAAUGUAUUAUUUUAUUUUAUUUUUUUCAAUAAAUAGAAGUAUAUCAUCUUGAAAAUCGUCCUAAUUUGCAUAAUCAAAAUUAAAUGAACGAACUUACAUAUAUAAUUAAAUAUAUACCAUGUAAUAAGAUGUAGCACAGUUAUUUUCAUAUUAGGAUAUAUUUUAAUUUAAUUAAAGUACGUAAAUAAAUUUUAAUUUAAUAACUUUUUCUAGCAGGAAAUGUUUGAACUGUAAGAUUUGAAAUACGAUUUUUACUGAGAAAAAUUCUUUAACCAAUUUGAUUUUCAAAUCAUCAAUUUUAAAACUAAUAUCACUGAUUAUUAUAUAAUUUCAUAUGUAAUGGAUUAAUGGAAUACGAAUAUUACGUAUUUCUUACACAUUUUAAUUUUUGUACAAAUCAACCCGGAUAAUAUAUUUUUAUUUUUAUAAAAAUAGAACUACAUUUUAGAAUAAAUUUAAAAUAAGACCGGAGUAUAAAUUUCUGAAAUGUGAUAAUUUAUGGGAGGGUUGAACUGAUCUAUUUACCGAAUUUCUAUCUAAACCGGUGUAUGGCUCAAAGUCAUGUUUCGGAAUCAUUACACACUGCACGGUUUUGAGCUGGAGAAUUUUUUGAAUAUGUCCGGAUUGUUCUUUUUCUUUGUGUAGCAAAGAUGUUAUGUUUUUAUAUACUUUUGGUGACACGGAUUUUAGUUAUGUCUGGUGUUUAUUGCAGAGAUGAUAUAUUAUGCAUGUAUAUAAACAGCUCACUGAAUGCGUUUUUAGGGUUAGUGCUGUGUGGUCGUCGAACACAAAGAAACUAUAGUUAUCCCUUAUACAUAUACACAUACACGGAAAAAAGAAAUAUUAUUCUUUUUCAACUCUGCAGGAUUUUGAGUCGGAACGAGCAGAUAAUGCAGGUAACAACGACGUAAACACGAACCACGUUCCGGUCGUAUUGUAUCGUAUAAUGUAGUAAUAUUGUACGUGGAGUGGAAUAAAUUGUUCGUGUAUUAUAUCGUACUUAUAUAUAUUUAUAUAUUUAUAGAUAUAUAAGUAGUUGAUUUCCAAUCUAAUAAACGUUUGGAAAAAAAAAAUGAAUUACCAUUUUUAUAUUUCGUAAUUUACGUUGCAGUAGUUGUGUUCCUCGCCCUCUCCUUCCACCUUCCCCCAGAGAUAUUAUAAUGUAGUAUUAUUAUUUUUAUUUUUCAACGGUCUAUGGUCUCAGAGAUGGUCGCGUUGUGUAUUAUACUGCACGUACAACCUGUCGGUAGUAAAAUGCGAUACCGUUCGCAGAGGAUUAUAAUAUUAUAGUAUCGGAGGUAACCUAUAUUAUACUAUAUACUAUAAUAUACAAUAUAUAUAAUAAUAAUAAUGGAUCACAAUUUAUGCCCGUCGCCGUGCCGUAAGGGUGCACGUAAACAGAUUUCCAAAAAAAAAAAAAAAAUAAUAAUAAUAAUAGUAGUUGGUAGGUACCUGUCUACCUCGGUUAUGGUAACAAUAUAAUAAAAAUAUAUUAUUAUGGGUACCCAUUAAAAUAUUGUAAUUGCUUUGGCACCAACGGAGGAGCCGAAACGAUUUUUAUUAGGCAGGUGGCGUCGACUGUGGCGAUGGCCCACGGGUAUAUUUUAGUAUUAAGAGGACGUCGUACGACGUACUGUCUUUGUCUUACAAACGCAUGACAUAGCAUAUUUACCUUCAGCAGGGAUAAUUUUGUGCUAAAUUUACUCAUUAUUGUCGAACAUUAAAUAUAGCCUGUAAAAAUUGUCUGUGUUUUUGCUGCGGUUUUUUACGAUGUUUGAAUUUUUAAGUGAGAUAUAACAGGAUUUUUAUAAAUAUUACGAUCCAUGUAACAAAGAGUAUAUGCACAGUUGAUGUUUUUAUUAUCUUUAAAUUAGUGUUGGAAUACAAAACAUAAAUAAAAGAAUAAUACAGAAAUAUAUGUUAAAAAUAGGUGUUCAUUAUGCAGUAACUCAAAAUAGUAAUAGAUCUGUAUUCGUUAUAGAAUCUUCACAUUUUUUAUGGUAGCACAAAAAAUAAAUCAUUUUUAAAUAUAUCAAAAUUUUAACUUAAUAAUUACGUUACUAUACCUUUCCUUGAUGUUUGGAGGGAUUCGGAGUCGUGAAUCCGAGAAUGGAAACGAGAUCAAUAAAUUAGAAAUAUCAUGUUUUACCUGCCCACGGUGUUGAAACGCUAGAGUAUUUACUAUAUACCUUUAUUUAUCCUCACGUGAUCCUGGAGUCUCUGAACGUUAGUCACGAUUAAACCAAGUUAAGUAUUUAACACCCAGACAACGAGUGUUAGUAUUUAAAUUAUAAAAACAAAAUGUUGAAUUAUUAAUAGAAAUAAAUAAAGGGAUUAAAUACGAGUGAUUAGCUGUUAAAAGUCGGAGCUAGCUAUUCGAGAAAGAUUUUUGAAAUAAGUUGGUGAUGCGUACUUGUUGUGUACGAGGUUCUCGACAGAGUGAUCGUCUAGGGCAGUGGUGAUCAACUACGGCCCGUGGGCCAAAUCCGGAAAACGAUCAUUUAUUAAUCAUUUACCAAAGUAUUAAAUCAAAAUUAAAAAAAAUAACUUCAAAUUUCAGAAAUUAACAUUCACAUUAAAAAAAAAGAAGAUAUGUUUGUAGUUUAAAAGUAAAAGUUUAAAUUCUUGGCCCGUUAAGAAAUAUUAGAAAUAUUAUUUUUUUAUGGCCCUUUGUAAAUAAAAAUUGGUCUAGAGAUUUCUCGAGCGGUCAAGACGUUCGAGUUUUUGUGAAAUACCUCGUUACAUUUUAUUUGAAUUUUGUAUGGGAAUACAGAGUAUCUAGUGUAGAAGUUUGAUUUUACAGACGUCGUAAAUCUCUAUUUUUAUUUGAUUCGUAUUAAAAUAUUUCUAAUGAAAGUAUAAUAAAUGGGAUAUGGAUCCUUCUCGAACAAUGAAAAAACCGUUAUUAUUUGUGAGCUUAAAACAGUAUCCGUUGGCCUUCGUGUCGGUGUCGAUAGAAGAUAACUAAUAAUAAAAUUAUAUUUAUGGGGGUGUUUAUGGAAAUUACAAGAAUACUCAAGAGUAUGACUGUUGCGACGGCGCGGCAGUGUCCUCGGAGAGUUGAAGCGGAUGUCGUAAAUUUCUACUAUAUUUGACCCAUUUUAAAAUAUUUUAUUUAUAAAGAAUAUAAUAUGUACCCUUCUCGAACAAACGAAUGCUCCAUUAUAUUUAUUAAAUUAUUAAUUUUUUUAAUAGAGAAUACCAAGUACUUGGCCGUAUUUGAAUAUUUUAGUCACACUGUUAAAAUAACAUAAAUAAUAAAUUGUACAUAGAUAUGUUGCUUGAGCAUAACAUUACAUUAUAUUAUUGGUAAAUUAACUCUAGUUUUAAAACUAACGGGAUAAAAUUGUGCUUGCUGAACGGAAAUUUGCCAUGUCGUGUGUUUGUAAGACGGAGAUUGCACAUGCGGAUAUGACGUUAUAGGUUCGCCACAAUGUUAUCUGUUAUCUGUCUUCGACGACCUGCAUUGAAGAGGGAUGGUUAUAUCCCCCGCAUUGGCUCCUCCAAAUGUUGUCAAAAGUAUUGCUAAUUAUUUUUAAGAUAAACUCUAUGUUUGGGAAAAAAAUAAUAGAUAAUUAAAUUUAGCAUCGGGGAUUAAAUGUGGGAAUUCGGAAAUUUGGUUCAGCUGCGGCCAUGAUACCAUCUCUUUCCAUUGAAAAUGUCUGGGCACGCCACUGUAUUUUUCUAACGAACAAAAUUGUAUGUUCAUGUAAAACACAAACAAAGAGACGUUUAAAAUCGGUUUUGAAGGUAAAAUGCACCUACGAUCAAAUAUGUAGAUGACGACAUCUUGAAAACGAACAAUACAAUUCAGUGUAAACGUUCCAAUUGUUAUUAUUUUUUUUUUUAAUGAACUGUAAUUUGUUUAAUGUUUAAUAUUAAUAUUUCGAAAAACGCAUGAAGAGGUACAUUGUAUUAUUGUCUUUAAGGAGGUGAUUGUCUAUACGUUACUAUAAUGGCGAUACGUUUUAUCCCAUUCUCUUUCUCUUUCUCUCUCUCUCUCUCUCUCUCUCUCUCUCUCUUUCUCUAAAAUCGUUUUUCAAACCGUCUUUUGUUUGUUUUAUGCACGAACGCACUACAUUUUCGCUAUAGGUAUCGCGCCCGUUAUUGUAUAGAAAUACAGAGACGUUAAGGCAUUUGCUAUUUACUGUGACGGGCUCUCAAAUAUAAAUAAGUGCUACAAAACGGAGGGGUAGGCAUACUACACAUUAUAUACAUAUAUUUUAGCGCGAAAACCAAUAUAUCACUGUUCGGCAAUGUCGCGGUGACGUUUUCGGCGUGAUAGUAAUCGAUGUCGUUGUCGGCGACGAUGUACGUUUAGGACAGAAAAAAAAAAUGCAGUUUUUUCAUUAUUAUUUGACGAUGACACGGUGAGCCGCCGCCGCCUUCGUUGUCGAGGUCAAAAUAAUAAUCACUAAUGAAAAAAAAAAAUAAAACAAUAAUAAUACCGACUACGGUCGACAGUCUGCCUCUGCCACCGCCGCCGUCCACUUCAAUAUUCGUAUGUAAAAACCGUGUGUUGAGCAUUGCGUAAUUCAUACGAAAAACACGUCUAUCGUGUGCGUGUGCGUAAAUAAUACAAUAUUAAAUACAUAUAUGUAUAUAUAUUUAUUAUAUAUGAGCACAAAUGAUGCUGAGAUAGUUUCAAAACAUAAUAUAGAUAUUAUAUUCUUUUAACCUGUAGUAUACUAUAAAUAGUCAGACGCGCACUGGUAAAAAAAAAAUAAAGAAAUGUUUGGGAUGCUACACACAUUUUUUCGACAAAUGUGAUUAAAAUUUAAAAUUUAAAUUACCGGGGAAAAUAUUAUGAUAAAUUAUAAUAUUACAAUCGUUUAAAAAAGAUAAACUUCGCAUCUUAGGCGGGUCACGGUUGGCGAGUUGGGACCGUAAGACAAUAUGGAUCGGAUAUAAUUUCUUUUACAUCAGCUGUGGGCAACGAUUUAUUAGUGCAAACGAAAACCGACUCUGAAGCAAAUUCGGUUCAACAUGUUCUGACAAAUUUAAAUUGACAAUUAUUGUGUGUUAUUUUAUGAUUACAAAAUUAAUUAUUAUACAAUUUUGAGAAAAAUUAAUUCCGAAAUGUAUAUAACCAUAUACAUAAUAAGAAAAACAUCGAUAAUGUCAAAUAACACCGGAAUAUUUUGUAAAUAAAAAUACCAUGCGUCUUGGAAAAUGAUAAAAUAUUAAGUACCUAAUGCAAAAUAAUGAACGAUGAUGUCUUGAAUUGUUUGUUAUCUUUUUGUGUAAUAAAUUAUAACUAAAGGCAUUAUGAACUUGUGCAAUUGCGAUUUCUGGUUGAGUUUAGGGCAAAGGACCUAUUAUACAUUUUAUAAAUGUAUGAAUUUUAUAAACCAGCGUUGAGAUGAAUUUUUUAAAAAUAUUUUCAGUUUUUUUUAAUAAUAGUUGUUAAUCUAAGUUAAAUUAAAACGCGUUUAUCUUGAUAAAAAAUUAAAAUAUUGAAAAAAUCAUUUGGUCAAGGUAUAGCGAAUACUCUUCUUUAUAAAAUGUGUCAUAAUAUUAAGUCCUUUUGCCUCAAACUCAACCAGAGAGUGGCAAUCUUGAACGUUUGUAAUGUCUUUGACGCUAUAGAGGCCCUUAAACACUUAAUGCAGUUAACUCAGAAUCUAGUAGUUUAAGAUCUCGAAUGGGUUCCCAGUUCCAUUCCGUCUAUUGAUUUGGACUUUUUGUGUAUAUUUACUAUAUUUAGUCAAUAAUGGUAUUCUAUCUUAAAGUUAUAUGAAACAUCUGCCAUAUUAUAAUAUUAUAUCCAUAUCGAAACGGUAACCGUUAUCGAUUGACGCAAUUUUCUGUCGUUCGCGAAUUUUUUGCUAUGGUCUAUUUUUUUUUCAACAUGGUUGUCGCGGUAGUAUUUGGUGUAGGUAACGGGAAUACGGAGUAAAGAAUGUAUUACAGGUACUCAUGCGUUGGGUACCUGUGAAAUUUUAAGUUUUUUUUUACAUACCGUGUCUCGUCAGUUUGGUAUUAUUAUUAUUAUUGCAGUACUGUUUUUAAACAGGAAAAAUAAUAAUAUAAUGCUAAUAUUUAUUUAUUUAUAAUUCGAAAUUUCUUAGUAAACGUGUUACGGGAGGUACCCGUAAUAAUUGGAAAAUUAAUAUAAUAAUUAUUAUUAGUACUAAUUUUCUUUAACAGCAAUUUCAAAUAUUAUUUUAUUGAGUCGAGAUUGUUGUCGACCAAGUUAGACCGGCCGGUCAGUCCUUUCAUAACUGCUAUUAUAACGUGCUCACUAUAAUAUUAUUAUUGCUGCUUAAACAAUUGACUGAGACCAUCACUGGUAUAUACCUAUGGAACCAUAUGGUUGACCCUUUCUGCAUCAUGUCGGUGUUAUUAUAGCCGUGAACUUUCUAUUUCUGACGUACAUAAUAUUAUUAUUAUUAUUAAACAAACAUCGCAAUUGCGGAUUCGGAUAUCCGCGUUUAUGGCGGUGAACGAUUAUUAUUAUUAUACAGUAUUAGUGUUAUAAGCACACGAUUUACCGGAUCCUAGAUUGUAGUAGAAAUAGUAAUUUGUUUAGUUUAUUUUAUGAAAUAUAACCAUGAUUUGUUUUAGGCUAAUUCUUUUUUCGAUUGGUUGGUGCUCUCCUCAUUUCUCUGUCAAAACUUGAAUCAUUUAACACUCAAUCAUUUUUCAUUAUCGUGGUGUUCUUAAGAAUAAUUCGCGGUAUAUAUUCCAUCCAAUUUUAGUAUAAUUAUAUCUUCUACAUAUUAUAAUCCUGUAUGGAAUAAUAUAUAAUAAUGAUAGGGAAUUUGUACUAUGUCAUGAUAAUUUGUUGAAAUUGAUUGAAAAUCGAAAGAUCAAUUGAAAUUAUGAAAAAAAAAUAUAUAUAUACUUUUCGUACAAUUCGACACAGAAUUCGAUAAAAAUAUACCAAAUUUCAUAUAUGAUUGAAUUUUUAGAGGUUUGUUUGACUGUUUUUGAAAAAAAAAAAAAUUAUAAUGUUAAAAAUAACGAAUUAAUGUUAUUUUAAAAUAACACGAUGUCUGUAUAGUAGUUUAUGAUUUACCUACUUACAAUAAUUGUCAACUAGACAGUCAUGUGUUUUUGGCUUACUUACCUAAUUGUAUACACAAACUAUCUAAUACAUUUCGACUUUGAUGUAUUUUUUUUCUUCAUUCAACUAUUAAUAUAUUCAUAGUUAAAGAGAAUGUUGGCAUACAAAUUCAAUUAUUUCUAACUUUUCCAAUCUGUAUAAUUAUAUAUUUUUAGCUUUUUUUUCUAUCAUUCUUGACCAUUUUGGUGGUUGUGAAAUGUUCGUUACGCGUGUGUUCCAUUUAAUUUAACUUCGAAAUACUAUUUUCGUAUCAUUUCUUCUAAUAAAUUGCCCCGGACCCAUAUUCUUUUUCGUUUAGAAUAUUUAGAUAUUUAUACUCGACUAUUGUGUAUUUUUAAUACUAUAAUUUUUUCGUUUUAAACUACCUAUGACCUGCGUGUGAUAAAUUGAGUUAUCCAUAGAUUUUAGAUUGUUGUUAUUUUACUUUUUCAAAAUUAAUACAAUUUCAUUUUUUUAUUUUUGGAUAACUUUUAUGUAAAAUGUUUAUUGUUAAAUCAAUAAACGUCUUAUAUUUUCGGUUAUUUAUUGUUUCUUGUUCAUUUUUUUAGAGAAAAAAUAGAAGGUUCUUCGAUGGUCUAAAGUAGUAAAGUAAUUAAUUUUUAAUAUCAGAAACACUGCGUAUUGUUGAAAUAUUCCAUUAUAUUAAUGAUAAAAGUUAAAGAUAACGAGCGUAGAUAUUUAGUUUUUAAAUAGGUAGAGCCAAAGUGUAUGUAUGUUUCAUGUAAAUUUCUGAAUUCCCUUACAAUAUAUAUGAUUACAAUAUUUUAAUAAUAACCACUUAAAUAAACAUUUAUAAUAGGUACAUUUUUAGUUUUUAUUAUCUAUCUAUUUAUCAAUAAUUAGUUUUUCCGACAGAUGUAAUUAGACAAAGAUAAUUAUUACCUUUAGGUAUUCUGUAUAGGCAUCCGACUAACGUUAACCUACUUAUAUAGUUAUUAUAUAUAAAUUAAAUUGUCGUAUACUAAAAUGUACAAUUAAAAAUACAUAUUUUAAUCAUUUUUAAAAUAUGUAGGUAUGCUAUAUUUUUUAGAAAUUUCGCUACGAAUAUCGGUCGGUACAAAUUAAAAAUAGUGCGUACACCUCUACUGAAACAUAAUAUUAUUAUUGUUAUAACAAUAAGUACUUAAUCCAUUUUAAUCAUAUCAAUAUACGCCUGUCAGUGCGAGGACGUGUAAACCAAGUGUUAAACUAUUAAUAAUUCGGAGUAGGUUCAAUUAAAUUUAAUGGUGUAGGUACAUUCGAAAAUAUUAUUUUUGUACAUUAUAAAUUAUAAUGGGUUAGGUAUACAGUACAAUAUUUCGACCUUAGCACGAUGUCGAAUAACACCUUUUGUCAUUCUAUAUGACAAAAUAAUACUAGAUUUGUGGUUAGACGAUGGUUGUAAAUCGUAUACUAUACUUAAUAGUAAGUAGGAUUUUUCAAAAUUCAUAUUUUUAAGGGUAUAAGCGUAAGAUUAUCGUGAAUUAAUCGUAAUAUUGUUUUAAAAAUAGACUUGUUUUUGAAAAGUUUACGUAUAGUACUAGAUAAAUAAUAAUUUAUGUUCUGCUGAGUAAUUUGUAUAAUAGAUUACACGUCAACUAUAUAAUUUCCAGUCAUAAAACGAAGAAUGUGAAGUGUGGUUUCGCUAUAAAAAUAUUCGUAAACGAUGUGACAGACGCAGACAAAAAACGAGCACUGAAUUUUUUUAAAGAUUUCCUUUUACCUAUACAAUGCAAUACAAAAUGUAUACAUUUCUGUAAAAUUCUAAACGUUAAGAUGAAAGGGAGAAAGCAUAUUAUUAAGCAUAUUUACAAAUAGUGUUUUUUAGAACAGUUUAAAAAAAAACACACACGUAAGAGAAGUUUGAACAAGUUUUCAACAAUUUGUUGAAACAAAAAAGCAUUUUUAGUGUACUAAACGAUACUUGUUAAUAACGUUUGGACAUAAUACUAUAUAAUAUAUUCUUUUUUUUAUACGUUGAUUAUAGUGUUUUUUUUUUUUUUUUUUUUAAGACGAAAGAGUAUAGUUAUAUUUACUCUAUAGAUAUAAUAUUAUAUAUGUAUACAUAAAUAUAUAAUAUAUUCAAAUAAUAGUAGUAAAAAAUUAUUUGAGGAUUUAAAAAAUUACAAAUUGAGUUUUCAGUUGUAGGUCCCAAAAUGGUAAUUCAGUAGUAUUCAGUAGUCAAUAUACUAUAAAUAGGGUCGAAGACUCAAGAUGCUUACAUACUGCUCUCUUAUAUGCGUCGUUAGCAUUCCGAGUCUGUCCGCUACUGCAGGAUUAUUCUAUAAACGAAUACUUUUAUUAUUUAUACAUAUUUUUAGCAUUGUUAUUAAGGCAAUCGAUACCCAGUCAAAACUUCGAAGGUCUACGCGAAAUGUCAAAAUUAAUAAUGAUAAAAGAUAUAUGUGUAUCCGAAAUUAUAAAUAAAAUAUUGCACUAUUUAAAAUAAUAUUAUAUUAUUAUGAUUGUAUAAUUUGUUAAAUCACGUUUCUAGAUUAUUGCGAAUAAUACUAAACAAACUAAUGAAUAAAGAUUGUCGUUAACAGUAUUAACGGCACGUUCAAUAGAUAUUUUAUAAUAUAAUAAUACAACAGUUAUCGGUGCUGAUUUGGUAUGCGCUUAUCACCAGUUAUCAUCAAUUUUAUUAUCAGUUAUCAUACAAUACAAAUCUAAUAAAAUGACAGAUUAAAAAAAAUACAAAUCGUACUUGAUUCGAUAUCUAUUUGUGUUCUCUUAAAAUUAAACAUAUUAUUUAAUUUAGCUAGUCUUCAAGUUUUUGUUUUUGUUUUUUUUUCCGAUGUCUAGAUACUUCUCUUAAUAAGUGAAAUUUAUUUUGAUUUAUAGGUACAUUAAGUGCACGUAGGCAUAUAAAUUAUAAUAUUUCUAUAAUAUUUAUAUCAUUUUUUCUAGAUUUAUUAUAUGCGUGUGUUGGUAGGUAAUCGUCAUUUCUGAUUGUAGUCGCCAAUAAAAUCAAUAGCUUAGUCAAUUUCAUUCAGUGGGUACUUGUAUACCUACAUUUUGUUUCGUACAGUUUUUUGCCGUUUAACGUAAAUUUGUCUUGAUAUGGCCUUGAAAUCGUAACUUUGCAGGUUUGUGUGCAGCGUAUAGGUAUAACGGGACAUCGUAAGUCAAUUUCUAUAUAAAAUAAUUUCUUUACGACUCGGAUCUACAGUCAUUGCGGAUUACUGUUUUAAAACUAGUUUUCUGGAUAUUUGUAGGUAUACAAGUAACGGAAAAAAGGAAACCAGUUUAGUUUAGAUUUUUUGUAUUUGCAAUAAUGGUACCUACCUACGUAUACCCGUUGAAUGUUACGAUAACGCAUGGCGAGACUAUCAGCUAUAGUACCUAUAUAGGAAAUAGGACCAAAUUAAAUUAUCUACAUUUAAUUCGGUAACAGUACGAUGGCAAAUUUAAAGCGACGUUGCAAUGUUCGAUAUCCGUUAGCAACACGAUCGAGCGUAUUUUAUAAUAUAAUAUUAUGUCUACUGCGUUUUCGAGUCCUAAAUGCAUUGAGUUUAUUGGUGAUGGGGCGUUUUGGUUAUUCGCCAAUAUCAAAUUAUAUAUCCCACAUGUGUGUUUGAAAAUCAAUAUUAUUUGAUCACAUAGUACAGGGUCCACAUAUUAUUAUGUAUAAAAUUAAUAUAUUGAAUAAACAUAAAAAAAAAGUAUUAAACAGUCUUUGUUUAAAACUAUACGAGUAUAUUAUUAUGUAACAAAAAUGUGUGAAUUAUUCAUGUAGAUUUAUUGAAAUUCAAGAAGGUUUUCCUAUAAUGUCAAAAUUAUAAUUAUGUUGAAUUAUUAUUAUUGCUGUAGAUUUUUGUUAGGUUUGGAUGAAAAAUGAGGAAUAAUAAACUUAUGGCAACAGCACGGUUUAUUUAAUACUCAAUCGUGUAAAGAAAAAAGGGUUUAAUGCUCAAUCGUGUUUUCUUUUGGUUUCCAAAAUAAUUAAUAAUAAUACUCGUUUUUAUUCUGCCGUUUGUAUUGGUAUUAUUUUACGGGAAAAAAAAAACAAAACAAAGUUGCUAUAGCGAUGGGCUCACUCAAUUUUACCAAACAAUUGUAAAAUUUGUAUUAUGUAUAAAAUAUUUUUACUUUAUUGAGAAUAUUAAAAUUGCAAAUAAUAAAUCGUGUGCAAAACUAUUAAGUAUAAAGGUAUAGUAUAAGUAUAAGCUUAUAUAAUUUGAAUUCAAAUUUAUUAAAUAAAUAAACAAUAUAUCAUUUGUUAAACUGAAAUAAAUAAACAAAAUUAAUUUUGUUUAAUGAACAGUUUCUGUUAAAAUUGUAUUAUUUAAAUUAUUGUGAUUAAUAUUGCUAUUAAGCUGCUGUUUAAUGUCAAACCUGAACUAAAAUAAAUACGUGUUUAUUGCCAUUUACGCAUUGGUUUCCUUUAGAAUUAAUAAUAAAAUCAAAGUCAAAAUUUUGUAUUCAUAAAUUUAAUAAAUACAAAUUUAUUGGGUAAAUUAUGUACAAUUUUAUUGUGCUUUUAAUACCAAAAAUAACAUUUAAACUUCGUUAUCUACGUUUAGUAAGAUACGUUUUAGAACAGUAAAAGAUAAUUUACCGAAAAUACAUUUUAAAAAAUCAGUUUACUUUAUCUUAUUGUAUGGAGAACAGUAUUAAUUAUUAUUCUAUACAUUUUUGGGGUUGAAUGCUGGGGAUAAUAUGUACCUAGGUAUUUAAAAACUUAUUUAAGUCCUAUUUAAGAUUUCUCCGGGGACUUUUUUUUUCGGAUUGUUGAAACCUCUCCUGCAAUCAAUUGUAUCCACUUUAAUGUUCACCAAAUUAAUUUUAAUAUAUAGGUAAUAUUACGCUUGUUGAAUAUUUUUAAAAAAACGAUAGUUGAUAGCUUUUGAAUAGGUUAAUAUAUUAAUCAUUUAAUGACAAAAUAUUUUCGUACAUCAACAUUACUUAUAAAUGUUCAUGGAGUGGCGGGUUAAACUAAAUUUUCUCAAUAAUCCAAGAUUUGUAUUUACCACCCAACUCACCUAAAUAUGUCAUAUUAUUGCAUCAAAUUAUAGUUUUAUAAUAUACAAGAAAUAAAUAUUAUGUGAGAACUUUGAAUUUAUAUAUAACCUUAAAAUUAAUUUCGAAUGUUAAUGUUUUUAUAAUUGUUUAGAUUACUGCAAAUUCUUUAUAUUCAAUAUGAAUAACAAUUGAGCAAUGCCUUAUCACCAUUAUUAUCAUUAUCAUUUAUAUCAUCCGGAAUCACGUUUCGUAAUAAUAAUAAAUAAUAAUAAUGCUCAAGAAUAGGUUCUACUCUAUAAAGUUUCAGAUACAAUAUAAUUUAACGCAGAAGAUAGAUAAUAUAGCUAUUUAACAGAGCUCAUUUUUGAAUUUUUCAUAGUAGAUGUCCUAAAAAAUCAAAGAAGCGUUAAAGUCCGUUUAGGUGUUAUAAUUCGGAGUUCUAUCAAGAAUUUUUUUUUUUUUUGUGAAAGCAUCGUUGAUUUUAAAACAAAUAAUAUUUAUAUUUAAUAAUUAUUCUGUUUUAUUUAUACGAUACCGCGUUAAUUCAUCUUAAUUCAAUUUUAUUUGUUUAUGCGUUUGGAAUAAUGUAUUUUUGAACUCAAUUUUAUAUAGGUAGGUUAAACGUAUGUAGGCAUAAUAUUAUUACAAUCUGCUCUAGAUUAAGUUCAUAUUAAAUUAAGUUAAAAAUUAAUUAAUGUUCUUAAUGUAUUUAUUCGUUCAUGUUACCUACCAAAACCUUUCAUCUAUCUUAACCUUUUUGUCAAAAUUAAAAUUUAUGCUAUUUUACAAUGGUAAGUACUUUAAAGGCCGUUUCAGUGAUGGAAUUAAAAGUCCAGCUCUUUCUUGAAACUGAGAAACAAUUAUUUUUCGUUGCAAUUAAAAAAAAAUAAUAAUGCCAUUCAAUAAUAUUAAUAAAUAAUAGCACUACAAUUCAAAUAGCUAUACACUUGUGACGGGUUCAAUAAUUAUUUUGGUUAAAAAAUAUUCACAGUCAUCAAGCUGUAUUAUACUUUUACGCUAUUAUAACGAUCGAGGACUCGGAAUUAUUUUUAAUAUUUAUCAGACUUGGCAAAUUUGUUUUUAAUGAAUUUAAAUGAAUACAAUUUAAUUAUUUACGUCAUUACUUCAAUAGCUUAUACUUACAAAAAACUGUUAGAUUAUUGAUUGUAACCUUGUCCCUUUUGCACGUUAUUGAUUUGACAUCGACGCAAAUAUGCUUAGUACUACAAUAUAAUAUUUUGAUUCAAAUACCCGAAAUGUGAUAUUUGAAAGUGUAGGUUUUGAAAAACUGUUGAAAUUAAUUGUACUAAUUUAUUGACCUCGUUCGUAUUUUAGACUCAUUUAAUUAAUUUGUAUUAGUUAUACUUUUUGUACCUAUAUUGAUUCAUAUUAUCAGAUAAUCGAAAAAAAAAACCUAUAGCAUCAUUGUUUGAUUAUAAUAUAGUAUGCCAACCUAUUAGAUUUAUAAAUUAAAAAUAAUAUUAUUAAUAAUAAUAAUAAUAAUAAUAAUAAUAAUUUAUCGUAUAAUUUACUGUAGGAAUAUGACGGUAUUUUGGCUGCACGGUGAAGAAUUAAUGUUCGGCGGUAAUGGAGUGCAUCCAGUUCAACAAAGGAUACCGCAGAUGAAAAUGAUGAAAGUCCACAUACCAUUUACAUUUAAACUACACGAGACUUCGAAUUCUUCUUAUUCAGGUAAAUAUUUAGAAUAUGCGUAAUUGAAUAUUUAGAACAUUUAAUAACUUCUACACCACAUCGAAUUCAUUAAAUAUACCUAGUGAAUCGUUCAUAUUGUAUUAAUAUUAUUGUAUUGUAUUGUAUUAUACCAUAUACGGUUGAUAAGAAAAUUCAUAAUUAUGAAAAAAUACAUUUAAAAAUGAUUUUGUCCAACAGAGUUCAUGAAUACAAAUUUUUUAUUUUCCAAUGUUUAUCCAUUAUAAUACUGUAGUAGGUAUCCGAUUUCAUUGCACGAAUAAUUUAUUCUUAUUAUGAUACCGAUACUUACAAUUAAUUGUUUUUGAUUCCAAAUUAAAUUGGAUAAAAAAAUAUUCGUUAUUAAAAAUCGAAUAUUCGCAUUUCAUCCAUAGAUAAUAUUGAUGUACCUCGUGUUGUAGAUGUUGAGUAAUUAUACCUAUACAAUUAUUAUCCUACAAUAAACUAUGGUCCUUGACUAUUAAUUAUAUGACGUAAUAUUAUUUACUCUAUUUUUGUUACCUAUACUAUUAUUAAUUUGUAAUAGUACAUUUUUUACAGUUGUUGGUAAAGUUAGAUUUCUCUUCUUAUAAAAUUAAUAAGUUAUAGUAGGGUAGAUAGGUUUUUAAAACUAAUACAUGUAUUAUAACAAAAUUUGGUUUAUUUCGAUAAUUUUUAUAAUGUUUUGAACCACAGUUAAUUGUGGAUAAUUUUUUUUUGUUAAGCCCACUAGUGGUUCAAAUGUUCAUAUUUUUGUUGUGGAUAUUUAUGAAUAUAAAGCCUAUUACCCUAUUAUAAUAUAUUAGUAGUUAAAAUGCUAUUCUGCAAAAAAAAACUUAUAUUUGACUUAUUAAAAAUUAUCCCUAAAAUAUCAAGUAGUAUAAUAAAUACUAUAUACGUUUAUACAAAUAAUAAUUGAAUAGAUGAUUGCAGAAACGACAAUAGUAAAUUAUUCAAAACUAGGUAGUUAUUAUAAUACAAAUUUUUUUGAAAAUAAUUUUAAUUUUAAAAUUCAAUACUAAUAUUGAGAAAAAAAUUCGGCAAAAAAAUUUACCCACAAUUUUCGACUAAAUCACUACCACCCUAGUACCCUACUUAAAUUAAAUUGACUUAAAGAAAUUACAGUAUUUAAUGUAUCUAUAUAUUGACAAAUUUCACCAGACAACCGGUAUAGUGUACCAUGAAAACCAGAAUGUUAACACCUACCAAAUACUAUAAAUAAAGACUGAAUUUCACAAAAUAUACGCCUGGUUAAAAUUGUUCUUUGACAGUGGACGGGGAGUAAACGGACAGUAAAUUCGAAUUAAUUAUAAUAUCCUGGAGUAAAUAUUUAUAUAUAUACAAUAUUAUACACUAUUAUUAAUUUUUAUGUAGUUCAAUAUUUAAAUAAAUUUAUUUUUAAAAUUUUUUUAUUUAAAGUAUAUGACCAGUAAAUAUGUAGAAUGGCAAUACACUAUUUAUUCUGUGUAUAUAGUUGUAAAAAUUCACGGAUGUGAUGUCAAAGCGCUGGUUUUUCAGGGUUUGGUUUCAAAUACACAUUAAUUCAGGUAUACUCAAUAUUAUACAUUUUUAGUAGGUGUACUACCUACUUUAUUAUCCAUAUUAACUAUAUAUAUUAUAAAUUUAUUUAUUUUAGCAUCGAAUUAAUAUUUAUAAAUGUAUAUAUAUAUAUAUAUAUAUAUAAAAAAGGAGAACUCAAAUUAUUAAUAAAAUAUAUUAUUACGAAUCGAGCUUAUAAUAUUGUGUAUAGGUAAUGAUUUUCAAUAUUUAUUAUUUGAUACUAAAAACAUACUGUAGUAGGUGAGAAGUUGGGAAGGUAGGAUAUAGAAGGAAAUUUAAUGUAUAUCUGUACGAAACGAUUAAUCUUCGCUAACGAAAAACGAUUUUGAGCGGAGUUCGGUUCACAUAUUUUGGAAUGCCGUAAUAUUUACGAAUACAUUUCGUAAACUUUUCCAUUUAUUAUAAAAACCCCCAGGAAAAUCAAGAAAUGACCUCCUUAAAGUAACCACACCAGUAAAAUUUCCUUUCAGAAAAACUACCAAAUUUAAUAAUCGAAGAAAAAUUUCUGGGAAAAAAGUUGUUCACAAAAAAAAAAAUAAAUAAAUAAAAAAAAAAACAUCAUUGUAAAUUCAAUACAUUCCUCGGUCCACUCAGAAUCUAAAAUUAAACUUGUUUAUGUCUUGUGAAUUACUAAAUUAUUUUGUUGUUUGCUUGGUCUCGUUUGGUUUUUAAAUGCUUACGAAUUAUUAUAUUUAAUAAAAUUACUAUGUUGUCUUUUAUACGAACCUAAAUUAUUAUAUGUUAGUGUUAGUAUAUACAUUAAUACCCAUCCAUCAUUUCCCCGAGUGCAACUAGGUAUAUCAUUAAAUAUGGCGUACGUGACUUACUUAUAUCUUCUUAUAUAUUUUUAGGAUUACCGGAUUAUCUGUAUACGCCGUAAAAUUAAAUUGAGUUUUUAGUUUAUAUCGUUAAGUAAAGUAACGCAUUUUUCCAGGAUUCAUAUAAUGUACCUAAUCGUAUAUAUGUAUAUAUAUAUAUACAUUAUAUAGCUAUAUAUUUCAAGAAAAGUCAUGUUUAAAGUCGUGGGGUUUUAUAAAAUAAGUUUUAAACUGACUGGUGUUUGGAUUAUUAUCUAUAUAGAUCUAUAUAGACUAUAGUAUACUGCAUGGUUGAUGUAAGAAUAUAUAUUUUUUUAACAAUGAUUUCAAGUAGCCCAAAUUUAAACUUCAUUAGAUAAAUACAAUAAUAAUAAUAAUAAUAAAAGAACGAAAUUACUGUUAAAUGCUGAUAAGUGUGCUAUUGUUGUAGGUGAAAAGAUAAAAAUGUAUUUAAUAGGUAUCUAAUAUUUAUAUCUGUACGAAACGAUAAGUAAUUGCUGACGAAAUAUUAUUCUCAACGAAGUUUGGUUAUACACGUUUUGAAAUGUGAUUUUUAUGAUUUUUGUCAUAAUUUGAACUUAAAAAGCUUUUAAAAAAAGUUACUUUUUUGCAUCUAGCAUGUUUUUUUGACCAUUAAAUAUAACUUGUAAUAAAAUUCGUAUUCAAUUUUCAAUCAUUUCUGUUAGGCCAAACAAUGUUAUCCACAAUAAACUAAAUAAGAACUAAAACAUGUCAAACCUCUAUAACUAGCUUGAAAAUUUCAAGAAUGUUUUACAAAUUUUACUAUGUCUACAAAAUAAUAAUAUAAUACGUAUUCGAUGAAUAUUUUAGGUCUUUAAAAUUAUUUCUAAACGGAUUAUAACAAAACCGAAAAUAUAGAAACGUUAAUUCCGGAAAAUUACACGGAUUAUCAAAAAUCGUAAGGUUGCCUCAAGUCUGGAAAAUUUGGAAAACUGUAAGUCAGGGAAUUUUAUUUGAUGUUGAAAGAAAUGGAAAUGUAAGGGGACAAUUUACAACAUUUUCUGAAAUUUUGAAAACUUUUUUGCUUUCAAUUGAAAAUUUAAUUCAAUUCAAUUCAAAAAUUGACAUCAACUAGAUCUGGAAUUUAAAAAAAAAACCUCUUUUUCAUUUUUUUAUUGAAGCAAGAUUUUUGGUGGAUGGAAAAGUUGUUGAGAGAUAAAAGCAAAAAAUUAGUGCACCGAGAAAUGUAGUCAUUUCUUGCUGCACUGAAUCCAAAAUAUUUUUACGUUCUUAUAAUUAAUACAGUAGAACCUUAAUAAUGAGAAUUCAACUAUUAUAGGCAAAUAAAUGACCAUGAAAUAUUUUAAAAUAUUAUUUUGAAAUUUAAUUGGUUUUUGAUUCUUAUUGGUUAUAGGUAUUUGAUGCUUUAUUACAUUUUUUUUUAUUAAAACGAUUUUUAAUGUCAUGUUCUUAUAGUGUCUGUCGAUAACUUAUAACAAAUAUAUAACAUAUUACGAUAAUGUUUUUCGUAUAUAAGAAAGAGAAAUAGACAACUUAUUGAAUAUAAAUUAUUUAUAAAAUAAACAUAACCUAACCUAACCUUUUAGAAAGUAUUUAUAAUUUAAUUAUAUAAUAAAAUGGUAUUUUAAUACUUUUUCAGAUCUAAUAAGAAAGUUAUUAAUAUGAUGUAUUAAACACGUAAAUUUGGUGGAAAAAAAUUGUUGUAUAAUAAAUUAAUAGUGGGUAGGUUAGUUAAAAUAAAAAAAAUAUAUAGUUUCAAUAUUAUUAUUUUCUAUUAUAUAGGCGUUAGUAGUGUAUUAAAACGGGUUUUAAGACAUUCACUAAGUACCCAUAAUAUCUACAAAACCUGAAGUAUAGAGGUGAUCAGACAACUCAGAAAAGAAAGUAGUAAAAAGAAAGUGGUUUCUGUUUAAUGCGAUGUAUUAUAAUAUUACCUAUGUUACGUACGUUACAUCUGCUACAGACGACCGACCCUGUAGUAGAAACCUUACCUAUUGUAGAAAGUGUAGUUGAUGAUGACUACAUCGAAAAUCUGGAUAAUAUUAUAAUAGGUACAUUAAAAAUAUACUUAACUUAUUUUUUCUUUCUAAUAAUUACGUAGGUGUAAAUUAUUAUUUUAGUUUUAACCGUUAUCAUCGCAUACUUACGUUAUAUCUAUAUACUCGUAUACCUAUGCAUCAGCGUGUAAUGCCGAUUGCCGUUUAAUGUAUACUAAAAGUAGAUAGGUUGGUAGAAAAAGAAUAUGAAAAAAACCUUCGACAUUAAUUUAGUGAAUUUCGUAAUUAUUAUAUACAUGUAUAGUGUAUAUAUAAUACUAUGAUUUAAGCCAAUGAUCAGUGAAAGUAAAUUACCUGUUUGAAAAAAAUUAAGUAAAGACAUUAUCUCCAGUAUUUUAUUAUUUAAUAAUAUACCUAAUUACAAUUGCAAACAUAUUUUUGGACGUUAAAAAAAGAUUUUAAUCUUAUAAAUUAUUAAUUGAAUUUGAACUUGAAUUCGACAAUAGAUAGAAUAUAAUAUAAUUAAAUAUUUCGAGGUAAUACAAAAUAAAUAUUAUAUUAUAAGAUCAUAUCAGUACUUAUGUUAAAAUAUUAUUGUAAAUAAAUAAUGUACCCAAGGUAGAAUUUAUUUUAUUCGUUUAUGUAUUUUAUGAACUUAAAAUUAGAACUGCGUAUGAUGAAAAAAAAAUUAUGUUUUUGAUUUUAAAACGCUAAACAAUAUGAGUUUAUUCAAAUUGAUUAUUUAUUAGAUACUAUAUCUACCUAAUUGUGCUAAAAUACAAUUGUUAAAUUUAUUACUAUUACUCUCACUUACAAAAAUCGAACAGAGAGUAGAUUGGGAACAUUCGAGAAUAAAGUUUGAAGUAUAAUUAGUGGACUCACGAUGAUGCGAUGGGAAACUGGCAACUGAGAACUGAGUACGAUUUAAACUAGCACCAAUGACAAUUUUCGUUGGGUAAAUUACUCAAUGGUUAGGUCACAUAAUGAGAAGAGGAGAACAUUUUAAAUUUAAUGCAAGAAUGGAAUGUCAAAUGCAAACCCUAAAGAUCAAGGAAAAGAUGAAAUGACUUAGUGGACUAAGAUUUAAAAAAUUAUGAAGUUGAAAAUUGGAGAGACGUAGUUCAAAAUAAAGGCAGACGACAAAGUACAAUUACUUUGGAGGCGAAAACUCUUAAGCGAGUAUAGGUAUGACAGUAGAAGAAGAACAAACUAGAUAACACAAUAAUUAUUAAUAAUAUUUUUUAUUAUAUUUUAGUGGUUAGAAUUUGACUUAUUUUUGACUUUGAAAUACAAAUUUAAGCAUAAUAUAUAUUUCGUUUAUUGUGCACUGAUUAGGACACAUUAUAUACUACUGUUAAUAAAAAUAUUCUUGUUAUAAUAAAUUAUACUUCUACGAUCAGCAUAUGUUCAUCAAUCUAUUCAAGGAUAGAAAUAAAGCAUACAAUUUAUUAUUAGUAUCUUGAACACGCACUUUACAUAAUAUUAUUUCAAUCACUUUAAAAUGUUCAAACAAAAUCGACUUAAUCUAUAAUUAUCAUUUAUAAUAUAUUAUUUAAGGUCAUUAAAACACGACACAUUAAUAAUAAGGAAUAGUGUGAAGGCAAUAGAAAAUGUUAACUUCGUGGAAAAGUUACUUAUUAAUAUUUAAAGUGCUAGUGGUGUCUUUAUACUAGCGAUAGUGACUAUUUUAAUAUUAUAUAGAAUUCUUCGAAUUAUUGGUACCUACCAGUAUAUGUAUAAAACGUAGGUGAGUGUAAAAUAAUAACAUUAUGAUGUAUCUAUUCAACAUACUAUACAACAGUUUUUUUUUUUUAUUGAGAUUACUGCGUAACGUUAUAAAUAAUAAUAAUUUCCAUAAAUAGGUAAUAACAAUGAGCAAUAUAUAACUUAUCGUAACGAUGUGCAAUGAUAUUUAAACUUAUAUCGUAACUUAUUUUGUAUAUGUUUAUUACAAAAAUUAAAUAUUAACUGUUAAUUGUUGACUAUUUUAUAUUUAUUAUUUUUUCUAUCACUGCAUCCUAAUAUCAAUACUAUUAGCUAUAUUAUCACGGUUUAUAUAACGUGGUUAAUAUCAUUCUAAAUUUUGAGUGUAGUAGCUUGAAGAAACUAUAAGUUUCCCUAGUUUAUGUAGAAAGCGUUUUUUUCUCGAAAACAUUAAUUUUCAGGAAAUUAAAAAUAUUUCAAAAUGUUCACAAUGGCAUGACCAUUUAGGGUAUAUGUUGGGAUAUAUGGUUUUGGGUAUUCCUUAGAAGACUCGGAUUUUGUAAUUAGUACAGGUAAUUUAAUUGAAAUAUUUUUCCAUAUUCUCGAAAGUUUAUCGAAAAGAUAAUUAAAAAACCGAAAAAAAUUCUUAAUAGCAUACAAAAAUUCAAAAUUUCGAACCCAAGCGAACAAUUUAAUUUAGUGGCGUACGCAGAGGUAGUACUUAAGAAUUAUUUACUUCCCCCUAAAAUCUCUUCCUCCCAAAUUGUUUUUAUUUACCUCCAAGGUUUACCGUAAAUUUUAUAUAUUUUGUGUGAUUUAACUGACUUUUAAAUAUUAGUGACCGAUUGUCCAUUACUACAUCUUUUGCACAAAGCUCUUUCCCUGCAUUACAUCCCUUAAAAAUAUAUCGUAUACGCUGUACAAUAAGUGAUUAAAGGGGUUACCAUUAUACUAAUCAUCCAUAUAUGUAGAUGUAAGUAUAUUACCUCAAGAGGUCCUAGAUAAUUUAGUUAAAUAUUUUAGAAUAUUACAAUUAUUGUAGUCUACGAUUAGUCGUAGACUACAUUCAAGAUUAAAUCUAUAAUUUGUUUUAAUCUAAUAUUUAAAAAUUGUUUAUUGUAAAUAUAAAUAAUUAAAAAAUUGUGGUUUUGUUUUGCAAAACUAUAGUUUGUUAAAUUGUAUGUACCUAUUUUAUUAUUUGGAUUAUAGUAUAUUUAUUAUUAUUAUUAUUAUUAUUUAAAAAUUGCUAUAAUUUUUAAAUUAAGUAUGAAAUCUAAACGACAAAUAUAUAAAUACGCUCCAAAUCCAAUAAGUAAUUGAAAUUAUUUCAUAUUUUAAUAUUAGUAUUAUUUACUAGUUAAGCUAUCGAGGCGAAGGGUGAGCAAGUCCCCAUAUUGGUCUACGAUUAAUCAAAAAUGAAAAUCUUAAUUAAAUUAAAAUCUUGAGCUCGCGCUACUGCGUACUGCUAUUUUGAAACAUUUUUCGUUUGAUUUUUAGAUUCUUUCGGUUACGAAAAAAAAAAAAAAACAACUAUAGAUAUAUAUAUAUUUUUUAUAGAUAUAUUGUUUUCUAAUAUCUGAAGUUUUAACCGAGCUCCAUUCAAAAUCAAUUUUUGUUUGCCAUUUGCAAUAAUUUAUCGUUGCUGUCCGUAUAUAAACUCUGCUAUAUAUAUUUGUAUGUUAAGUGUGUCGUGUCAAAUUAUUGUAAAACGAAAUUGCAUCGCUAUCCUACAAAGAUAUAUUCCUUGGAUAUCUCCGGAGAUAAUAAAGAUAAUCAAAUUAUGUUUUUUUUUUAUGUUACUCACAGAAAUGAUAAAUACAAAUGUUUAUAUAUGAAUUUUUUUUUUUUUAUUAAAAAAAUUAUUUUAUUUUAUCAAAUUCCGAAAAAUUUAAGAUAGCCAUUCUGUAGAGUUUAUUUUCUGAAAAUUUUAAUAUAUCACACAUUUAUAUCCGAUGAAUAGUUUCUAAGUAACAGCCGUUUUAAAUUCUACUAAUCCCUGUGAAAACCUGAUGUUUUCGUGUAACACAGUUAGGUUAUUCUCUAGAUAACAUCGGGUUUUCACAGGGAUUAGUAGAAUUUAAAACGACUGUUAUUUAGAAACUCAUCGGAUAUAAAUGUGUGAUACAUUAAAACUUUCUAAAAAUAUUAAAGUAAAAAGUUUUUUUAAUUUAUAAUUAAUUCAUAUAUAAAUAUUUGAACUCUUCAUUCCUGUGAGUAAUAUAAAAAAACAUAAUUUGAUUAUUUCUAUUAUCUAAAUAUUCAAGGGGUAUAUCUUCAUGGGACAGCCUGUAUUGGCCUUUUGUAGACGGGGUAAAAUUGUUAAAACAUUCUAGCUAUGGAUAGGCUAUUUACAUGUAUUCUAAAAAAUAAAAUGGAGUUUAAUUAACGAUUUUUUUUUUUUUCAUAAGAAAUGUUUUCGAUAAUCGUAAAAACUGGCAUUUCAAAAUAUGUCUUACCCAACUUUGCUCCAAAUCGUUUUUUGUUAGUAAUGAUGUAUCGUUGCCUACAGAUAUAAUUUAUUAAACAAGAAGUUGGCUAUAAUAAUUUUGACCAACGUUUAUAUUGAGAAACGAAUAUAAUCUACCUUAUAUUUUAUUUUGUUUAACAAAUUUGAGUUUUGAUAUUUCUAGUAAUAACUAUAGUACAGAAUCGUAGAAUGCAGUAUUAUGUUUUGGAAAUAUAAUAUUUAAUACCUUUAUUCUGUAUUACACAUAAACACAAUAUAAUUUCAAAUUUCGGUUUUCAAAUACAUACUUAGCAAUAACCCACAUUUUUUUGAAUUCACAUCGUGAAGGGUAUUAUUUUUUUAACAUAUUUUUUGUAUUUAUAAUUUAUACUGUGUAUAUAUUAAACGGAUUCUCUGAAAUUUGUCUCACACUCAAUUAUUUUAUUCAGUAGCGAAUAAAAUUUAUAAAAACGACGGACAUACUUUGCACAAUGAGUAGGCCACUGUUGUAGGUAAAACCAAUAGAUUCCUUACUUCGCUCAGAAUCUAAAAGAAAUAGUAACAAUUCAUAAGUAUAGAGUUUUUUAUAAAAUUAUUUACGUACGGCUUUAUAAACCGACACAAUGGACCGUAACUAAUCCUAUAUGCACGAUAAUAAUACGCGCGGUCGACGUCACAGAGUACGUGGUUAUUUUAUUUUAUAUCAGCCACACAAGCUGCUGUAGUUUUAUAGUCUGUGAAGAGUUUUUUUAUAGUAAUAUUUUGCAUAUAACAUUAAAAUUGGUAUAAAAAUCCGUUCUAUACGUGUAUUAGAUUUUCUGUGAUACAGAAUACACAAAGUUUAAUAUUAACAAUUUUUUCAUAAUUUUUUGUUUCAGUUAAAAUUGAAAAAAUACCUAUAGUUGUCAUACAUAGUUUGAGUGAAACUUGUUAAUUUUCAGUAAUAUAAUGAAUUAAAAAAAAACCUCAUCGGAUUAUAGGGUAAUUAAAAGUGGGUAAAAAUUGUAUUCAUAGGUAUUAUGAGUUUUUAAAAUUGUAAUAUUUUUCGAGUAUUUGUUCCUCAUUAAUAAUUACACUCACGGUGUUUUUUUUAUUGUUUUCUUCCUUGUGUAUAAUAAUAUUACACAUGCGGUUAUUCGAUGCGUAACGCUCUUCCUGGGCAGUUUGUUCACAUUUAUAGUUGACGCCCAUUUCGAUAUAACAGUUGGUAGAUGCAUUAAAAAUUCAAAUAUUCAUAAUACAACUUCGUUGGAUUACGUGUAUCAAUAUUUUGUGUUUGUUUAUGAUUAUUGCUUUACCAUGACAAAGGUUAAUUAAAAAAUAAUUUAAAAAAAAUGUUAUCUACCUUUUUUCAUUAGUGCCUUAUCCGUAAAAUGCUUUGAAAAUUGUUUUUCAUUUUAGUUUGUUUAUAAUAUUUGUUUUUAAUUUCACUAUAUUUCGAGGUAGCUAUUAUAAAUUAGAAUAAUUAUUUUACACGUUUUAUUUUUUAAACUACCCGUGUGAUUAGGGAUGUCUGAUAUUAUUUUAUUUUAAAUUACAUUUUUAAUGUACGCAUAUGCAUUAUAUUCUUAUAUAAAUAAUUAAUGCAAUAUUCAAAUUAUAUUUUUUCUCAUUUAAUCGAUAGAUAGGUAUAGCUUAGAAUAUAUAGAUCAUAUUUAAAAAAAAAUUAUCAUUUAUUUUUUUAAAUUUAAAUUUGAUUCAGUUCAAGGGAUAAAAUAUAAUUUAUCAUAUAAAAAACAAAUCAUGUAUACUUUAUACUUCAUUAUUAUUAUACAUUUUAUAGUCCUACAGGUAUAUCUGAAGUGUGGAAAUAAUUCUUUAAUUAACCAUUACAUUUCAUUAGUAUGCAAAUUAAAAUUGGGUAAAAUAUUGAUUUUAAUUAAAAAUUAUUACGGACUUACUAUUCAACACUCGAUAUGAAAAUUAAAUUUACCUAGUAAUUAAUGUUCUCUGUCUAUAUUUCUAGAGUUGAAUAUUGAAAAAUCAUAAUGUAGUAAAUUAAUUAUUUUAUCAUGUACCAGCGAUUAUUUUUAAGAAAAUUCUGAGUAAUAUUUAGUUUUUAUUUUUCAAACAUUCUAAAGAAUUGUUUAAUGAUUUUAUCUAUAAUAUAUAUUUCCGACAUUUUAUUUGAUUCCUCUAAAUUGUUUCUCUAUAAUAUAUCAUGCUAUAUUAUUAUUAUAUUAUUAUAUUAUGAUGACUAUAGAAUUGUAAGCCCGUAAAAGUCCAUGAAUGUCCACGAAGACCACGAGUCGUAGAAUGUAUGAUAUUUUUUACUAACGUUGAAAUGUUCAUGUUUUUUAUGCCACGAAUUUAAAUUAAAAUCUUAGCUUACCAUUGGCGUUCGUACUUAUAUGUCUCGUCUGCAGACGGCGUGUGACGAGUUAUAUAUAUAGCAGCACAAUCGGUAAAAACAUCUGUUGCAUUUUAACGUCAAUGAAAGGUGUUUAGAGGACAUUAUUUUUUUUUAGCGUAGCUUCGUGUUGUCAUGUAGCUUUUUCCGUUAAUGUAUUCACAGUUAUAAGAUCUUUGAGAAUGUAUAUACUAUAUAUAGGUAUUGUUUGAUGCGUGACAAACGAAUAUGCCGAAGUUGUUAUGAAUGUUAAAAACACCUUCUUGUAAUAUUUAGAGUAGAUUUAAAAGUAGAAUACUGUCUUGAAUUUUUCCAAUGACAGAAAUUCUAUUGAUACUUAUGAUUAUGAAUCAAUACUUAAUAUUUAAUUCGUGUUUAUACUUGUAGAAAUGUAUAAAAAUAUCACAUUCGAUUUGAACAGAAAUAGUGUCUUUUCAGUUUGGUGCACAAGGUAUAUAUUAUUACAUUAUAUUAUAAAUCGAGCAUGAAUAUAUUAAGUGGAUUGAAGUAUUUGUCGAUGUAUUAGAUAUUUAAAGAAUUUUUUCCACACAAUUUUUAGUAAAUUUAAAAUGUAUAGACGUUUUUUCUCAUGGUGAUGAUGGUUACGUGACCUUGAUAAUCUUCAAGUCCUCAUAUUGUUAUUAACGGUCAUUGUGUGUGCGCGACAUUCACUCAUCAGACCAACUCUAUAUAAUAUAAUAAAGAGACGACACUCGAAAUUUGAAGGGCGCGAAUUGCGUACGUACACCACAAUAAUAAUAAUUGGAUCUCUAUUCAAUUUAAUAUCAUCCCACGUCGACUGUAUGCACCGUUCAUAUGCUUUAAUAAUAUCAUCUUUAAAUUGCGUUUUUUUAUUAUUACUAUUAUUAUUCUAAUAAACUUUUAUUAGAGUUACUACAGACCGUAUUUAUAUUAAAAUAUAAUUAAUAUAAUACAAAUCAUUAUAUUGUGUUUAAUAUUACACAAAGAACAAUUUUUAUUAUUAUUUUCAUAUUAGAUUGUUGUCUAUUUUAAUAUUAUAUUCUACCAUUGCUACCUGCAUUAUCAUAAUAUUGAUACAAUCAUUAAUUAUUAUAUAUUUUUACAUCAGAUAAUUUUUUAGGUUUUUAUUAUUUUCUACUAUGCAAUAUUUUUCGUUUGUCAGGGAAUGGGUAACCCUUAAAGGAGCUUUUUUUGUCGAUAAAGUCAAGGACGUUCUGGUGCGAUGUUUGGCUGUCGGGUUGUUGCUGUUUCUUUUCGUCUUUCCAUAGUGUAAUUCAUGGUGUAAUAACUUUAAAAAAACUAAAAAAAAAACAAGGUAGACCUCCAGAAGGUGCAGCAAUACCAAUACAUAUCCCAGACAUUAAUGAAGAACAUUGUAACGAAAAGAGAGAGUGAAAGAAAGAAAAGAGGAACUUAUCACUGCAUAAUUCCCAUAAAAAUGGUGAUCCAAAAGUUUUUCAACUCUUUUCACUAGUUAGUAAUCUAUUAUAAUAUUAUAAAUAUGUAUGUAUAUAUAUUUGUGAUGAUAAUAAUGGAAUAACUAAUGUAGGUACUCGACGUAGGUAUAUAGUGUUAUUAUUAUUGGAUGGUUUAAUAACAGUUGUUUUUACGAACCCUCGAUGGUAUAUUAUUAUAAUAUUGUUAUGUAAAAGUCAAAAGUAAUCAAAAAGCAUUUAGUUGUGUAAACAUAGGAAAUUAGCAUUUCUUUAACUGUAGCACAAUAUUACUAGUUGUAAUCUAUCUAUUUAAAAAUAAAAUAUUUGCUGUUCCAAGUUAUUAUUAUAUCCGUGCAAUAAUUAUUAUGCGCAUACAUUUUGUAACUAAUGUGAAAUUACAUUAUAGAGUUGUAGUAAUAUAAUAUUUUUGGAUCGGGCGUUGAUUUUUAAAAUAUAAAAAGAAACAAAUAUAUUAAUUUCCCGUUUAUUGUAACGAUGAUAUUUAAAUUUAAGAUAAAAAUUUAAUAUUGACUGCGACUGUAUACGCGAGAUGGAAAAAAAAUUACGAUUGCGGUUCAUAUUAAAAUAAUAUUAUAUUUUGUAUUAAUUUUUUUUUUUAAACUCCUCCCCUCUCCGAUCUCCAUAUAUAGUGUACCAACACACUGCUGCCGCUGGACGCCGAUAUUAUACGAGCUCCUAUAAUAACUAUACUUAGCCGCUGCUGCAGUAGUAGGUAUAUGAGACGGGAGUUUAACAAGUUCUGAUAGUAUAGAUAUAUCUAUACGUAUUAUAGGUGGGGCCAGCGCGAUGACUCUCCGAAGGUUACAUCAUGACGACACGUCCCAGGUUAUAAUUACUCACGCUUUACUGUAUUGGUCCACUUUCAAGGUUCCCAAGCGGGAAUGAAAUAGACAAUAUUAUUUGUGCAAACGUGUGUAAAUUAUAUGUACACAAUAUUAUACCGGGGUUUAGAACAACAUUUAAAAUCAACAAAAAAAAGAAUGUUUAAAAACAAUUAAAGCGCAUUUUUUUUUAACUAUCGAAAUAAGGGGAAAAACGCUUUUGAAUUUAUAUUAGCUCUUUAUUUUUGUAAUAAAAACUUCAUUCGCGGAUUUUUAUUGCCACAUACCCUCAGCGAUGAUACCAAUACGAUUACUAGAUAACACAAAUAAGGAAAUAAGACUUAUAAUAACGGAAUAUAAUGGUGAAAUUAUUUAAACAUCAUAGGGAAGGGGAUCUAGGUUUCGUCAGAGGACUUACGUAAUUGUAAAGUAGAAAACAUACAAGAGAAAACUAGUAAAAAGUAUUUUUUUUUUUUAACUUGAAAUAAGUAAAAACGAGCUCUUUUAAAUUUUAUAUUUAAACGGAGAGAGAAAAUACGGUAUAUCGCCUAGUUCAUAUAUUAUAAUAUAAAUAAAGGGGUGUACAUUCUUAAUGCAUUACAAAAAGCGUUUAAAAUCUUUAAAAAUAGAAAAAUGCUAUUUGAAAAAUCAAAAACAAAAAACGCUACAUACACAGCAGUGAAAUGCAAUAUGUUUGAAAAUUUAUUAAAACAAAAAUAAUUCUUAUGUGGAAUAAAUAAAUCUGAUAUUUUUCCAAUGUUCUAAUAAAAUAUUCGUAUAACUAUAAAAAAUCGAAAACGACAAAUAUAGCGACAAGUUUUCAAACUACCACGUAUAACGUGAUUAUCAUUGUUACGCUUCGUGCAUAGUUCGAACGUUGCAGUAUUAAGAAAGUUAUGUCAUACAAUAGAAAGAAAAAAAAAAUGCGCUCGCAACAAAUUCUCAGCCCCAACACAUGGUGUUUGUUUCCACUUGAACACAUCCCCUUGUCGUUGUUUUCGUCGUUGUCGGGUCGACGGUUCUCCGUAUUUAAUAAUAAUUUACGAGGGUAUACUGCAGCUAUAAAUAAAUGUAUAUUGUGUAUACGUAUAAAUAAAAAAAAGCCGACAUACUUUACACCGUGGAUUGUAGGUGGAUUGUUUGGUCCUGUAUUUUGUCCAACCGGCGAACAUAAUAUAUUGUAAACCACCGACAAAUCAUGAUUUAGUUUUUAACCGGCUCAUAAAAGAAAAUGAAAAAAGUAUAAAAACACACGUCACAUAGUAAAACAAAUAGAUCCCUUGCUACUCCCCGAAUUUUGAAUACAAGUAAAGCAGUAUAAUAUUAUACGCUGUGGAACAACGGUGUUGUAAGUAUAUAGUAAUAAUACUAAACUUAUCGUCACAAUGGCAUUGGAAAUGAUUUUGAAUAUUCAACGGUUUAAUAUUAUAGUGUUAUUUUCCUUCAUAAUAUUAUAAAGUAUUUAUUUUCGAUAAUAUUACAAUCGUCUGUGGGCGAUUUGGGACGAAUUUUAAUAUACCUAAUAAAAUAAGUUUAUUUGUCGGCGGAUUGGGAUUCGGCAAUUUAGUUAUAAACCGAUGCGUUUGUUUUCACGUCAAUUGUUUUUGUUUUUUGUUAUUUUGAACAAAAUAAAUAAGAUGUGCUAUUUACACCAUUGUAGGUAGUUAAAAAUAUGAAUUUUAAUUUUCAUCGGAAUUCAAAUUGAUAUUAGUCUUUCGAAUUUUGGUAAAUUAUUACCAAUAGAAGAUAUCGUUUAGGAAAACGUCUUAAUACAAUAUUGACCAAUUGAAUGCAUUGAAUAGUUUUUGGUUAUUUUUCCCGAAUCGUUUUAUAGUUAUAGAAAAUUUAGUCAAAUACAAACAAAUUCUAGAUCGGUAGUACAUGGUUUGAAAUACCGUAGUGUUAACGAUUUUCGUUGAAAUUUAAUCUUCUGUACAGAUAUAAAUUAUAUUACUUUAUGAAUCUCUCAAAUUCUGACCUACAACAAAAGAUGACACAUUCAUCAGCAUACAUUUUUUUUUUCAUAUAUAUGUAUUAUUGGAAUUUUUAGCGAAAAUUGUUCGAUUAGUAUGGCGUGUGCAGUUAGCCUUUUUUUCACUUUAUCUUGACCCAAGUAUAGGCAUGCGUAUGGUGCACAGUCGUCACCACGAGCGGUAUGCAAUGAAUCAAUAUACCUACUGAAUUGCACAAUAUGCGAUGCUAUUUUUCUAUAUUAAUCGCGUGCGAGCGUGCAAUUUUCAUUGACAAUGACGUAUUAUAUUUUCGUCGCCUCGUCUAAUAAUAUUAUUAUUUGACACAAAACAAAAUUAUGACCACGCACAGAAAUGCGAGAUAAAUCUGAAAUGAAAAUGGACAGGUUUAUGGCUGAUGAAAAAUGAUACAGUUUGGUUGAUUAGCAUGGGUAUAUAUUAUUAUACUGCAAUAUUAAAUUUGUCGCACAAUACGCCGAAUUGGAUCGAAAUUCUGAUCAAUCGAUUGUCGAGUGUUUUUGUUGCCACACCCAAUGUUUCAAUUACAUUUACGAUUUUAUUAAAAGCGAAUGUGUGAUUACAUCAGCACUUGUCGUCGUAGAAGAAGACAAUUAAAAAAAAAAACAUUACUUAACGCAAAAGACAGGGCUCAUGAAAUCAUUAUAGGAAAAGAGCAUUAGAGUAAAUUAUUUCACCUGAAUAAAUAAAGAUGUUCCGAAUGUUCCGAUACGUUCCUACGUGACGAAUCCUAACUAAUGUGCAUAGCCCGCUUUAAAAUUAACGUUAUUGAUUUUUUUUGAAUAUUCCGUUUCGCGGUUCAAGGCAGGGCGUUAACUAGUUUGAAAGUUAUGAAGUUACUUUUAUCAUUGACUUUAAAUUUAACCAGUUAAAUAAUUAAACACUUUUCUGUACGUCAUGGUACUAAGGUAAGUUCUUUGUCAAUGAUUGAUAGUACGUUUUCAUUUCAGACCGUUAUUGCCCUUCGGAACCUUAUUAUCAUAUUCGGACUUCUGCCCUCCAACCCAGACUUGUGUACAUCUAUUAAACACGUCUACAGAUAAAGCCGAUAAUAAUGACAAUGAAAUAAUGCAAUUAAAAAAUACAUGUAAUUUUAAAGAAAUAUUAUGUGAGUUUUCUUUAUCAUCUCAAUAACUUUUAUUUAUGUUAGUAACUUUUGUUUUAACAUAGUUGUGUUUUUAUCAACCAACUUUUAAUCUAACAGUUGUUAUUUUUCUUUUAAUUUGUACUUAGGCCAAUAUCGUUUUGUUCACAAAAUACACUCUACACGGAAAUAGUGAUACUGUUCAGUAGAAUCAACCAAAUUAAUUUUUUUUUAAUUAAUAGAGAGAAACAUUCUACAGACCGCAUUGAAUUUCGGUUUUCAAUAUUUUAUUCUCAAAACUGAUAAUGAGUCUUUUAGAGAAAGUAAAUUUUAACCUUUUUUUUUCAUUAUUUGAAAUCGGGAUUAAAAUAUCGAGAGUUGAAUGUGGCCUUUAUAAUUUUGUUUAUCUGCAAUAAAAAAAUUGUUUUUUAUGAAAAUAUUAAAUUGACAAUGAGUUAUCAGUAAAUCCGUGGAGUCAUUUUCAUCACUAAAAACGGCCCUGUCCCUUCCCCUAAAUGAGUAUCGGGAAGUAGAUCAGUUUUAAAAUAUUAUCUUUAAGGUAGUAAUUGAAAUGCUAAAAAUAAUUUAAAAUGUUUCAAAAUUGGAGAAAAUUUGAAAAACUGGUACCGUGCUCAUUAACUUAAAUUUAUUUAGUUAUUAUUUUUUUUUUUUUUUUUAGUAUUUUUAUUUUAACUUAUUAGAAAAUUCUACUGACAGAUUCGGACAUUUUUGAUUCAACGUUUUGUGUGUCGCGAGCAAAAAUAUAACUACAUUAAGUAUAACAAUAAUAUAUCAAAAAGUUGCGUGAGUGUGUAAACGUUUUUAUAUUUUUAGUAAAUUGACAUCAUGGUUUCUACAAUUCUACCCAAGAUAUAUUUACCCAGACACGGAUUGUUUUCUUUCCCUUUAGGUAUAUGUUUUAUACUUACAGAGUUAUUUGUGGAAUGUACGUUGUAUAUCUUACAAUUUAAUAAUCAUCGCAUUAGUUUUUUUUUUAAAAACACAGAACUUGUGUGAGAAAAAAGUUUUAUCUCAAAAUGAGUUAUAAUAUAUGAUUGAGCGUAAAUAAAACAGCCUACGGUAGAAAUUAAAGAACACGAAUUUUUAAUAUAUAUAUACAUCUUAUAUAUAUAAAAUAUUAGACAAUGAUAAAUAUCCAUAUUAGUUGAUAAAAAUUGUGUGAAAAAAUGCUGCUUUUUAUAUUUUAAUAUAUUGUUAUAAGUAUAUCUACCGUCUCAUUAAUUAAAAAUUCAUUUACGCUAUACCCUAUAGAUAAUAUUGUUGUAUAAUAAUAUAAUAAGGAAAAAAAGUAACAUUACUAUAUUGUAAUUACUACUCAUAACUUAAUAAUUAAUAACUUAAUUGUUCAUGUUUUUUCUACGAGUAUAACUACUUAGUAGGUUACUAAAUUAAGAUUUUUCUUCAAGUAAACUUGUCACUUUACUAUAUGUUACUAAACAAAUAAAGAAUUAUUUUCUCCUUUUUUUUUCGCAUACUUUUUCCUAUUAAUCCAACUAUAAAACCUAAUGAGCAAUUCAUUUCGCAUUUUAAAGAAAUUAAAAAUGCUUUAAUUUCUAUUUUGUAUUAUAAUAUUAAUAUUUUAUAUACUUAUAUUUUUGGGUAUUGCUGGAAUAUUUAUAUUUUCUUCCAAUUUAAUACAUAUUUUAUCGACUUUGUUUUAAAUUUGUGUCAUUUUAUUAACAUAUUAUCAUGUAAACCGUGUACAAAAUGUAUACUUCCUAUCUACGUUAUUUUGUUUUAUUCAUUGACAUAAUAAAUCAUCAUCAGUAUAAUAAGCUUUUAUUUGAAAUUAUUGAUUUUAGGCUUUUUUUUAUGAUAUAAAUAAAAAACAAAAAGAGCUGAUACUUGGGAACGGGUGUGCCACUAUUUUAGGUGGGACGUCGAGAAUAUAGGAUACAUAAAGUUAAUUAAUUUACACCUGUAAGUAACAAUAAUCCACUGCUAAUGAAAAACGAUUCCGAGCGAACUUCGGUUAUACAUUGUUUUAAAAAGUCAUAAUAUUUACGAUUUUCGUCAGUUUGAUAUUAACAUUUUUUAUAAAAAAAUAAUAUUAUACACUAUUUUUGUUUACCACAAGUGGGAUUUAUAAUGAACCUCCUUUCAAAUUUUUAAGUAUUUCUAAUUAAUGUAACAAUUUUAUUUACAGAGUAUCUAAUGAGUAAAAAAUACGUAAAACAUUCGCAAAAUUAAAAUGCCUAUCAAUAGUUCUGAAAUAACUUACAAUUUUUGAAAAUUCUACCACACCCAGAAUAUACACCCAGCAAAUAUAAUUUUUCUAUCAAAAUUUUAACUCUUGACAAAUAUUUUUAACUGAAUUGCAAUAAAAAAAAAAAAAAACAAAAAAUAAUAAGAGCAUAAUUAUGGUAAAUUGCCCUGUUCUUUCUACGUUGUUUUUAGGUUUUGCUCAAUUAUUAAAAAAAAAACUACUUAGAAAAUUAAUAAACUUUUUUCUUUGUGAGCAUUUUGAUUUAAGUUUCAACAAAAAAGGUCACUUGGCUUUUUUUAAUAAAAGCAAUAUUUCUGGUAGAAAACAUAGUUUGUAAAAAUUAAAAACAAUGCAAUCUGUAACGCCGUGGCGCGUCGUGAAGAAAUAGAGUAUUGACCACGCCUUAAUGGAUGAUUUUUGCUAUAUUUUCAUUUUUUAUUCAAAUAUGUGUGUUGUAAUUUAAUUUAACUUUAAUAAUUUAAUCUUUUAUAACAUAUUAAGUUAUGAAUAUAGUAUAAUAUAUAUAUAGGUAUAAAUAUGUUUAUUGUUUGAGAUGUUUUAUAUAUUGUGUAGUUGAGAGGGAAUUUCAGCCACUCAGAGAAAUGGAACAAAAUACAUAACGGCGAACUAUAUCUUCUGCGUGAUCUCUUUCAAGGGUCAGAUAAAAAAAUUAAAGAGAUGUUAAAGGAACGUCUGGUGUGGGCAGAACAUUUUAUGUGUUCAGGAAAAAUGAAGAGGAAUUUAUUUAAGAAUAUUUGUAUGGUUUCGAUGAACGGAAAACCUGAAUUGGAAAGAAAAAAAAUUCAAUUUUUUCAUUAAUUUAAUACACUGAAUGCGAUUUGUACAAAAUUGCAAUUAAUUUAAUUAAGUAUUAACAUAAUAUUCAUCAUAUAUAAUUAUUAAAUCACAGUUUAUCUAAAUCGUAUUUAUAAAAUAAUCUAACGUGACUUGCGAGUUAUCGUAAUUUUUUUUACCUAACGAAUUGAUAUUGAUUCAUGUUAAUAAUUAUUACAAACUAGGUAUUGGAGAUAAUCUUAGUGAUAAUUCUUAGGCUGUUGUAAGUAAAAUGGUUUUGUGAGUACCUACUUAUUAUAAUAUAUGAUUAUGCUCACUUAUCGACCAAAGAUUGAAAUUGCUACCGGAUUUAUUCUGGUCGAAUACUUUUUAACGUAUCUAUACAUUAUUGAAACACGCGAGAAAUAAUGAUAUUUCUUCAUAUUAAAAAAAUAAUUUUAUUCGGUUUAUUUUUAAAACUUGAAUGUGUGAUAGUUGGUAUGUAGGUAUACUCUCGUAUCUAUGUAAAAUCUGUUUAUCAGUCUGUAAACUACAGGUUGAUAAACGAUAAAAUAUAACAUUUGCAGCCAAAUUUUGGUCUAAGUAUAUAUUACUAUAGUAAAGUUAUAAGUUUAGAGAAAAAUUUUCUACUCAAAAUUUUGGAUUUUUUUUGAAAUAAAUGUAUUAUUUAUUUGGUUUUAAGCGCACGUCGUAAUUAUGUUAUAUCAUCCAUAAUAUUUCCGUAUAUUUUGCAUCUGCACUUAUAUUGUCAUCGAUCAUCAUCGAUAUUAUACAUACUCCCUUGUUGCUGCAACUUCUGAAAAUUACAUAUUCUUGUUUACACUUUAGAAUAAUAUUAAAUCGAGAAAAAAAUGUUGGCGAAUUGUUGUCUUCGCAUAGUUGUAUUGUAAUAUAUUUAAUUACUUUACUGAACUUACUAAAUAUAUCAUACAUCAUUGUCUAUUUUAAUUUUAUAAAUUAACAUUAUCCGAGUUCGUAUAAGUUAUUUAAAUGUAAUUCGAAAAUUUAUAAUAUUUUCAAGUUUGUAUGUGUUGCCUAUCACGUGAGAAAUUUUUACAAAAAAAUAUGUCGAAUAUUUAUUUGUUCACAAAACCUCGCGUAAUCCACGACAAAUUUGAUACGGACUAUACAAUUACGGUGUGAGCCAAUAAUAAUAUUAUGAAUUAUAAUGGAAACGUCUUCUUGAAAAUGACCUUGUCUUUACAAUGCUAUACAAUAUUAUAUUAUAAUCUUACGAUCGAUUGUUCGAUUUUCUGUGACAAAAAAUGUAUCGUUAAAAAUGAAUUUAAAAAAAAUCUUCCGCCCGAAGGUGAUAUUUUUUUUUUAUCGUACCAAUAUUAUAUUUCGACACGUAUUAUAUUUUUAUAAUAUUAUUCAAGUUUAAUUUCAUGAAAAAAAAAAGCUUAUACUUAGGGAACAAAAAUUAUAUCGAAAAUUACUAGUUUUCACCACGCAUGUUAUUAAAAAUAAAACUAUACCAGGGAAAUACAAAAAUUCACUAACUAUAAAUCGAUGCUACAAAAAAGUUCCUGGAAAAUUUUUGAUUGGAAGAAGAUUUCUAUUAGAAAAGUUAUUUACUAUUUACACACACACACACAAACCAUGGUUAAACCUGCACUGAUGAGUUCCUCUUGCAGAAUCAUCAAAUACGUGUCGAUCGUGCAAUCAAAAUGAAUAAACGAUCACGAACAUUCGUUUAAAAAUAUUGUGUGUAAGCUCAGUCGAAAUAUAAUAGUAUCCGUUCCGCAAUGUGCUCAAAAACAAAAUAAUAAUGGUCACGGAAACAGCGCGGAAUGAAUAAAUUUAAACGAACGGGGCGAAAAAAGGCGCGUGUAAAUUUGGCGGUGUGUAGCCGCCUAAUACGGUAAAGUGUCAAGAUUUACGAUCGAAACGUAUACAUAAAACAUAAAUCAUAUUGGAUUUUUGCGAUUUCAAAAUAACAUAUUAAAUGCUAAAACUAUAUAGGAAUAAUAUAAAUUAAUAUCUCUGUGUACAGCGAAUCAGAAACGGGUAAAUACAGACGUAUCUAUACUUACGCGCGCGCGCGCUCGCGCUCGUUAAAACAAAACGAUUCAUAAUGAUAAUUUACAAUUAGUAAUCGUUUUUACACCGAAACGCGAUCACGAUUUCCGAGCGUUACUAACGAAGCAUAAUACUAUAUAAGUAUUAUAUUAUAUACACAGUGACUUCGUGAAUCAGACAUUACCCGUAUAUGAAGAUUUCGAGUGAAUUCCACUUUUGUCCGUAGCAUCAUCUAUACAUUGCAUAUAUGUACAUUAAAAAAAAAAAAAUAAUAAUAAUAAUAAAAACUGCCAUUUGUUAAUUUUUUCAGAUGCGCUAGUUUUAGUCUAACAAUAAUAAUUGAAUAGUAUUCUGAUAUUUACGCGAUCUCAUAUUCUACGUUAUUAUGUUCCUAAAUACAUCUGGUGAUGAUGACGCCCGAUGGAUGGCAUCAGUGUAAACGUAUAAUAUUCUUUUUUAAAUCAGAAAUUUCCAAUGAUAUCACUAUAAUGGCUUUAUCACUCGUCUGGUUCAAAGUAUAUGCUCGAGGUGGUGUGAUGGAUUUCUUACAUAUUUUUUUUUUUUUUGCGCUGAUAACAUGCGUGUAUUAUUAUUGCUGUUUUAUAUUUGAUAACGUCUGUAGCAGUUCUUCCGCAAACACUGAUAAUGAUAUUCUUUUAAUUACUAAUUCCACCAAAAAAAAAAAAAAAAACUCCUGUAAGCAGUAUAACUUCGUUACUAGAAUCGAAUUUCCUCUCCCCUUACUAUUUUGCUUUUCAUAAAUAUCCUUUUUAAAACAACAAAGAACUAUACAAAUACUACAAUAUAAAACAAUACUACUAUACGAAUAUAACAUUGUACUAUUAUACUAUACUUAUAUAAAAAAACAAAAUAGUGAAAUUUGAGCAUACAAAUAGUAGGGGUGGGCUUUGAAAGUUUCUAUGAGGAACAUAUAUGCACAUAAACAAAAUUGCAUUCUCCUAUCUUUAUUUGAGGGGUUUGCAGGGGUGUUCAAUGCCUAAAAAACCCUUUUCUCGUAACAAAAUACUGAAAUUUGUAUUAAAAUUUAACCCAACUUUUAUCACUUCAAUAAAACAACUCUAGCUAAUUAUCGAGCUUAAAAUCAUUUGGUUCAAAGAGAACCAUUAGAAGUUUCCAAAAAUAUAUAACAUUAUAACGGAUAUAAUAGAUUACAAUAUGUCCGUUAUAAUGACUGCCUCUAUUUUUUUGAAAAAUCCGACACAAAUUUAAGGACAUAUUAUAUUAUAUUGUUGGGAAUCGGAAAAUAGCACUAAAAACCGUGCGGCUGGACCGAAAAUGCUCUACCACUCAGCUACCACAUACCUGACCUUUAAUACUGUUUCUGACUCUAUUAACUUAUCAUUAACAAUAUGAAUUAUAUGUUUACAUUUUAGAAUUUGGUACAACGACAAGAUAAUUAUUAAAACGUGUUGAAUAAUGCAAUUAAGAAUUUUAUUUUUAGUAUAUUUUUGGUUACUGCAAUAGUAACAGCGGAUUAAUAAUAUUUUAUUAUGUAUACGUUAAACAACGCAGCAAAUACGAAUUAAAAUUUUAGUUCUAGAUAUUCAUUCAUUGUUCAUUGUAGACGUCGAUCGAUUCUCUUUGUGUACGUAUAGGUAAUAGGUAUACAUUCAAGUACACCACUAAAAUAUAACAAAACAUGACGUAUGCAAAUUCAAUUAUGUCACAAUUAAGCAAUCAUAUAUACGAUGAGAACCCUUUAAUAUUGUAUAUGCAUAUUAGUUGAGUUGUAUUAUUUAGUCGGCGGUGUGGUGGAAUUUUAAAGACUCCACCGGAAGUGUUAAAUUGAACACUGGUCGUUUUCGUUUUUAAACCGUCACUUAAAACACACGGGCUAAAAUUAUUUCCCUUGUUGCACAUUGCCAGUUGUUCAAUUAAUAAUAAUAAUAUGUGCUCGCAUCUGCUCCUAUUAACAAUAUCCGUUCAGGUGGACAAAUUCAUAAUUUUGACUGCAUUCUAUAUUAUAGAGUCUAUAAUGUAUUAACUAUACCUGUACACGUCGCAUUUCAUUUUUAACUUGCGAUGCAAUUCGAUUUAGCUGUAGGCAAUUGGAUUACUUAUGUAAUAUUAUAUUAUUUAUGAAUUCCGAAGACGUAUGCAGGUGAUCGAUUGUCGACAUUCGGUAAUAUAUUAUUAUAUUUUAUUAUUAAUACGAAAAUAUGCUCGCGAGUUUCCACUCUCGAAAUUUCUCGCGAGGGACGGUGAUUCAAGUUAAAAGCAUGUAUUUUUAUUGCUAUUUACAUAUUAUAUUAACGAAAACCAGUAUUACCUACUAGAUGAAAACAAAAAUUCUUCAGUUUAGGUACCUGCAGCUCUGUUCGUUUCCACAAAAAAUGUAAAAAAAACCCUCGUUGGCCGAGCUUAUUUGAGUUGAAUUUGAUCCCCCAUCUUUCUGUAUUAUACCUUGAUCAACAUAACGCAAAACACUUAUUAUAUCGGAAAGAAUUUUUAAGACAUUUAAGAAAUACGUAUUUAUAAAUGUUACAUCAAUUUUCUUUCCAUUUCUCUUAUUUAGGGGAGUAAACCACUACUCAAUUUUGAUUUUCAAACUAAAUAAUAAAUUAAUAGAUAGCGUAUUGUUUUAAUCAAUUUUGGUGUUAAAAUGUUUAAUUUCUAACAUUCCUUUUAGAUAUUCCACUUUUUGUGUUUUUUGUGUUUCCACUUUUUUCUUGUCGGCCAAAACUUUGGGGAUUUAUGGGGUAUCUGUAAAGGUGUUCAGAGCUAAAAAACUCAUACUGUAACAAUAUGGUGAACCUCAACCCAACUUGUAUCUUUAUAAUAAAACAACCUUUAUUUAUGAAUUUGAAUUCAUCUGAUUUAAAGUGCCUAAAAGUAACGGGGAACAGAUAAAUAUGUUACAUACUCGCAGAUAUAGUCUCGAUUUUCGUAAAAAUUCGACUAAAAAAAAACACAUUUUCAUUUUCACUAAAAUUAAUUUUUUACCAGGACGAAACUUCUGUUUUUAUAUCGAUCCCCGGAUUUACUGUAUAGCAUCAUCAUACGAUUCGUCUAAUACUAAUUAUAUUAAAAAAAAAAAAAAAAGAAACAAUAAACUAUAGUAACUUUAUACCUAACAGUAAAUAAAAAAUAGUUAUUUGUAUUGCAGAUACAUUAAUAUUGAAAAAUUUAUAGUAACUACUAUACUAUAAUAUGUCAAUUAGCGUUUAAUCUACACCAUAUUGAGUAGUAUCAAACGGAAAUUAAACUUAUCGGAUAAAAAUGGUAUUAAUUUUGAUGAAAUUGAAAAAAAUCUAACACUUUUUAAAAAAAUUUUAUUUAACGGAAACGAAAACAAAUUCUAGAAAUUAAUAUGUAGUGUUCAAACGAUUUUUACCUCGAAUAUGGUUACGAAAAUAUUUUAAAAAUGUUAAAUUUAGAAACUUUAAAAAUGCCUAGUAAUAUUUCAUACACCUUUCUCUCCAAAUUGCUAAAUAACGAGAUCGAUGAUUCAUUUUUAUCAAGUCAAUUAAAUUUCAAAGUUAAUAACCAAUAUACUCGCAACAAUCAUUUAUUUUAUAUUCCUCAUUCUUCUAGAAAAUAUAAAAAGUAUACUUUAAACGACACAAUUAAUAUUUUAAUUUUUUUUGGAAAUAGUCAAGUAUUUUAAUAAACAUUGUAGGUAUUAUUAUUAUGAUUAUUUUAAGUAUUAUUUGAUUUAUCUUUUAUUAUCGCCAACGAGGACCCCUCUUUCUUAUAUAAAAAAAAUGUCAGCCUAAAUCUAAUUAGAUCUAGUUGGUGUGUUAUUUAGGAGGAUAUUUUUAAUUUUCUAGUGGUUUUCAUAAUGCACUAAAAACCCUCUUUAAAUUCAAGCUGUUGUCAAGAAAAACAAAAGAACAUCUGUAUGAGUUUAUCAUCAUACAUAAGUUACAUCCGCCCUAUAUUGACAUAUGCGUGUGCUACAUGGGCAACGACGAGAGGUGAUGAUGAAAAAUUACGUCUUUUUGAGAGAAAAGUACUAAAAAAAUGUACGGUUCCAUAUUCAAUAACACCGAACAGUAAUGGAAAAUAAGCACUAACGCCCAACUAUACCAGCUUUACAAAAGAGAAGAUGUGGUGCAUUUCAUUAGAAGGAUAAGGAUAGAAUGGGCAAACCAUGUGUAGCGGGCCGAUGGAAGUAUGUUGGAAGGAGUAUUGACAUAUAUGGUGAAGGAAAAGAGACCAUGGGGAAGACCGUGAAAAGAUGGAAGGGUUGCAUCAAAGAAUUAUAAGAAAAAAUUAGAGUCGACUGAAAGCUGGCAUAUGAUAGAAAGCAAUAGAAGAAAGUAGUUAUGACGGCUAAGAGUCUAAAUAACUCGUAAGUCUUAAAAAAGGGAGUUUUUAUAAUUUAAUUGGGAAAAACAUACAGGGAAAACAGGCAUAUUUACAACAUUGAAAAUUUCAUUAUUUUAGAUUUUAUUUUCCUCUUAAUUACAGGAGUAUCAUCUUAUAAAAAAGAAAUUUGGUGUGUAAGAAUGAAAAUUUUUUAAUAUUCUGUGUAGUUUUCUUAAUAAUUGGGAAAAUGGGAAAGUUUCCAGCAUUAAGGCAUUAACUGUUUAAUUAUUUUUGAUUUUGUUUUUUAGGAUAUGAUUUGGUUAAAAAUAAUUAUAAAGAUCUGAAAUAUCAUGGAAUAUUUAUAGUUUAUAUAGACAUAAUUAUAAAUCGGUAUAUCGUAAUGGUAUACAAUUUAUUGAAAAUAAUUUGUUCGGGUAUUUAAAUAGCAUUGAAUGUAUAUACAUUGUACCUUGCAUUAUUAAUCCAAUAAUUAUGCGCGUUUAAUAUUUGCAAACACACCUACCUUUAAUUUAAUAUUAUACAAGAAGUUAGUGUUAAUAACCUUAUUGUUGUUUAUGCAGGUAAAUUUAAAUAUGUACCAUGUAUCAUAAAAUAAUAUUCACACAAAGAAUAUUGGUGUUGUACUAGAGUAUUAUUUUGAAGAAUAGUGGGAGGGGGGAUCAACAUUUUAUUUAAAAAGAAAUACGUAAUAUAUAAUAAUAUUAUAACAAUUUAAUUUAAAAAAAAAUCCAAAAAAUCUAUUUAAAUAGUGCUCGAAAAAACUUAAUUACCUCAGAUUCCUGAAGCUAAAUUUUCUUCCUUGUAUAUAUCAGUGUGAAAAUAACUCGAAAGGAAUUCUCACUGUGGAAUCACUCGGUUAUUAUUCUUCACAUAAAAAAUAUUAAUUUAACUUUUUUUUUUUAAUCCAAAACUGUACCUAUAAAAAUAGAUGCAGUAUUUUAAUAGAUUUAAUUGAUCUACUACAAUAAAAAAGAAUGUCAUCUUUAAUAAGAAAACAAUUAUAUGGUGGUUAUAUAAAUUUUACUCUAUUGGACGAUGUUGAAGAAGUUCAUUUAAAAUUUAAUCAUUAAAAAAAUUAAUUAUUUCCCUUGUUUAUUUGUUCGUAUAAAAAAUAACUAUAAGACCUAAAGAUAAAACUAAUUCUAGCUAAAUGGCUGAAAAUUAGACAAGAAAAAUAGAAUAAACGAAAUUAGUGACAUAAUUGCCAUCAAAACUCUGUGGCAUUACAUUCUUAUCAAUAUUUAAAAGUUAAAUGUUUUUAUUACUAUUUUCCUUUUUAAAAACUAUGUAAAAAUAAUGAUUGGGUUAAUCUACUAUUAUGCCUAUAAUUUAUAAAGGUGCUCUAAAAAAUUUGAGUAUAUUACAAUUUAUUAUGAAUAUAGUCUCUAUCAGUUUUUCGUUCCGGUUAUUGAAACUACAUUCAUCGUAGAGUCUAUUAUAUUAUAGAAUAUGUUGUAUUAAAACUUAUAUGAUAAUUAUAAUAUUGAUAAUAACUUCUAUGACUUAUAAGUUGUAAUGUAUAAGUUAUUUAUAUUUUUUUUCCAGAUCUUCGCUGCACAAUCUCAAGUCAAGUCCCGUAUACAUUGCAAGCGUUUUGGGGCGUUUCCAUCCGAGAACUUCAUCAUUUCCUGUGGAAGGCCUGGAGUUCGUUUCAGACAGCCGUCAACGAUGACUCGUUACUCCGUGGUCAUUAUCAACACCGCGGACUUACAUUACAGUAUCCUUUGAUUUAUAAAUAAAAAUAUAUGUAUUAGGGUGCAAGUUAAUUAUACAGAAAGAUAAUUAUUUGUCAAAUUUUGAAGAGCGCCUGCGGGAAAUUUGUUCCAAUACAUCUAUUAUUAGAGUCUGUAAAGUUUGAGCUCGAUCAAACAUAGUUAACACGUGGCGACUUAAUCUUAAAGUUUUAUGAAAAAACGUAAAAUAUCACGGUUUUUUGCAUAACUACUUAAAAUUUUGUAUCUUUACAUUUGUUCAUAGAAUUAAUCCUUAAACGUGAAAUAAAACAAAUACGUUGGAAGUUCAUGUUUUAUGAAAAAGUUAUUUUGGAAAUAUACUUUAUAUUUUAUUGAUAGGUACAUGAUUAAAUAUUUUCAAAUAAAAUAUAAACAUGCAAUUUAGAUUUAUACUUAUCAAACUACUGUUCAAUAAUCGUUAAAUGAUUUCUUCGUGACUUCCAAUGUAGCAUUUUUGGGAUAUUUUUUACGGUAAUCUUGAACGAUCUAUAAUAAAAAAAAUAAUUACCUACCUUUGCUUUUGUUUACAUAUUACUUAUCUAGAAAAUGGUUUUAAUAUUUACCUUUAAUAAAAACUAUUUUUGGGUUUCAUCUUUUGUAAUUUUAUCAUUAAACUCUUCCAUCAAUUUUAUUUUUCUUUAAGCAGAGUCGUUUACGAUUUUUAAGUUUCUUAUGACAGAAUCCCCUUUCUUAAAUGAUUCUAUCUUAUUUCAUGUUUUAGGAUGUAAUUUUUAAAAUUCUGUUGAAAUUUUAAAUUUUUCGAAAAACUUUAUUGAUUUAUUACCAAUAAGCUUAACUAAAAUGUUAUUAUCCUCGUCUUCUAAAAACUAUUACAAAUUCUCUUUUUUUAAUAUUAAUUUUUUUGAUGUAUCAUCUUCGUGUUGCGAAUCUCCGUCUUGAAUUACUUAAUUCAAUAUUUUUUUGAUUUCAUUAUUUACUCUUUCAUCAAAUAAUGAAAAUAUAACCGUCUCUUCAUUUAAAUAAUAUAAAUGAUUAAUUAUUUUACAAAUGGCUAUAUCAGAAAUAUUUUUAUUGAUUGUUCUAUAAUGGUAUAAUUUUCUCAACAAUUUUAAUAUUGUUUAAUGAAGCUUCGUGGGCUUUUUGCGAAGAAAACCAAUACUUAAAGUAACAUUUUACAAAAAAUAAAAUAAAUUAAAAUAGAGAUUUCUCUUCUUCAUUUUUCAAAUGAAACUCUCGAUGAAAUAAAUAUAUUUUAAUUGAAUAAAUCGCUUUAGCUUUACCUUACCAAGUGAUAUGCUCCAGGUUUUUUGAAUUGUAUUUCAUUAGGAGGAAUACCAUCCAAAAUAAUUAUGAUAAGCUCUAAGAACUCUUUAUAAUCGUCCCUCAGUAAUGUGGUCAAUAUUGUACUAUUUGCAAAAUCUAGUAUUGCAGUAAUGCAAGUAUUGUAAUUAUCUCCUAAUAGAUUAAUAAUUUCUUUGUCGAUGUUUCCUGGUAAAUAGUUAUUAUAGUUUAUUUCAGCCCAUUUUACUUUAAACCGUUUAAAUAAUGGUAUAUCCGGCCCAGAAAUCAAUAUAAUAUUACACUUUGUAAAAACUGCUGCUAAAACUAUUUCACAAAUAUGAUAUCUACAUCCAAAAUACAAAAUUUCUCGUCCUAUUUUGCGUCCGAGCAAAACGCACGCGCCAUUCAGUCUUCCAGUACUUGACGUAGUUGUGUCAAACACAAAUGCUUGUACUUUAUCUGUUAAUAACCAAUUAUCUAUUGUAGCAUAUAAUGCGGACGAUAUUUCAAUUCCAGUACCUGCAUACAAUUCUGGAUUACCUAAUAAUUGUUUUACACUUUUACCUGUGCCUCUAUGACCGCUAAUCUAUCAACUAGUUUUCCAGUUACAUUUUCUAAUAAUUUGGGAUCCCGAUGAAUGACUAUCGACUCAAUAUUUUAACUGUUAAACGAUUCUCUUACUUGCUUGUUAUAUGAUUUGCGAAAAAUGACUCUUGAAUUUCGAAUUGAGGUUCUAUUAAUAACAUAAUCAGAUGGAUUUAACAAAACCGCUUCCAAAAAUGAUAUAAAUAAAUGUAUUUACAGUAUUUCACUUAUUUUUCACUUAUCAAUUGCUGCUAAUAACCUUGGUGUUAAUAUUUCCUUCCGUUAUCUCUUACAUUUUAAUAAGUCGAUAAUCUCUUCUUGUACACUAGUAGUUGAUUGAUUAAACAUCUCUUCUUCCGACUCAGUACUUGAAUCUUCGGAAAAUAAAAAAUCUAAACAGACAUCUGCUGAUGUAGACGGAGUGUUUAUCAUUUUUCUCGGUUUUUCUCAUAAUUUUCUCGUCUUGUUUGCCUUCUUCGAUAUUCGUUAAUUUUUUAUCAAUUCCAAGCAUAGAUUCUACUCAACCUUUUUCUCUUUGCUUGAGUAAAAACUGUCUGUUUUCUUCAAUAUUUAUAAUAUUCAAAGCGUUUUGAUGGGUAGUAUCAAAAAAAAAUCAUUUAAAUAACCAUACAACUCUAACUUUCUUUGUUUGAGUUUUGAAAAACUUUUGUUUUUUAAUAGUUGUCGCCAAUUAUUAUAAAUACUUUUUAAUUUAUCUUUUCAUUUGUGAGUAUCUCUAAUAGGAAUUCUUGCCUUCUUCCAAAAAACUAUACACUCAUCAACAACAAGAAGGGCGCUAUUAUUCAAAUUUAAUUUAGAGAUCCUCAUAUUAAAAAAUAAAACUCGUAAACAGUCACCAAUUGACGGUAAUUUCGAACCAGUUAUUUGAUGUUUCAUAUUACCAAGAAGAAAAAUUUGUUCACGAUUAGGCAUUUUUAAAAAUAUACGUGGAUGAUAUGGUAUAUAUUAAAUAUGUAAAUAAAUGCAGUUUUCAAGAAAAGAAAAAACACUAAUACUAUAAUACUAUAUAACAACACUAUAACUUAAUAUUCUCGAUAGACGUACGUUUACGAACUAAAUAAAAUGAUACUAGGUACUCUAUCGUUUUUAAUUUGCUUAUAAUUCAAAUAUAAAAUAACCCAUCUAUUAUCAUUGUUUAGGUAUAUAAAGAUUAAAUUUAGAUUUAAAACUGAUUAUUAUAUUAUUAUUUAAUAUUUUUAUGAGAAGUUGCUUAUCACACAUAUUAAACGUAAACGUAUAAAUUAGAUAUUACUAGGUCUUUUUAUAACAUAUUUUAUUAUUUUCAUUGGUAAGGGUGAACUAUACAAUGAAAUGUAAGGAUACAUUUUUUUUAGAAAUUAAUUUUAACUACAAUAAUGAUUCUAUACAAUGUUUUGUAAAAUACAAUUUUAAGUAGUUAUGCGACAAACCGUGACAUUUAACAUUUUUUAGUCAAACUUUGACUUUAAGUCACCACGUAUUAACUAUGUUCGAUUAACCUCAAACUGUUCAGACACUAUUUUUAGAUGCAUUGGAACAAAUCGCUCUUCAAAAUUAAUAACCUCAAAAAUAAGUGACACCCUAAUAAGUAUACAUAAUACGAUAAAAUAUAUUAAGUUUGGUCAGGAGGCAACGAUGAUAAGUUUUAUUAUAAAUAUAUAUGUUGAAAAAAUAAAAAUCCGUUUGAUUUCCUUAAUUUACAUCAACCUUUAGCGAAACAAGUCACACCGAAAAAACCGUACAGAUGUUUAUGCCGGAAGGAAAAUUGGAUUUGGGCACGCCACCGCGACAUUGCUACCCGUUGGUCAUAUUCCUGAUCCGCGACACACCCGAAAACUCCACUAUGCACCCGGACGAGACGGUAAAACUUGUUAAAGUUAUUUUUGUUAUUGUUUUCCGUAAAACAAAAUAAUCCCAUGUAUGUUACAAUUGUGACAACCGGUGGCCUAAUUAGGAUGGGUAGGGAGAUAUCCUCUCUUUAUCCCAGUUUUUCACAUUUGCUUGGAAAACUCCUGAUAAAAUCGAAAAAUAAUCUAUUUAAAGUACCUCCCCAUAGAAAUUUUGUUUUAGAAACAUUGCUAUCAUUAUAAGUUGGAGCAAAAUUUAUGCUGGUAGAAAAGUUAUACACAGGAAAAAAUAUUGUAAUAUUUUAGUAAUAUUUUUCGUACAUAUUCUCCUUUUUUAAGUUUUUCAAAUUUGAUGAGAACUUUUGAGAAAAUCGAAAAAUCACCUCUCUUAAGUACCUCCACACACUGAUUUCCUUUCAGAAAAGGUGCUAAAUUUAGAAAUCCGAGCAAGUCUUCUGGUAGAAAAGUUGUUUGCAAUAAAAAAAUAAAAAUAAAAAUAAAAUAAACAUCUUUGUAAAAUUUAAUUUUAGAAAAGUGUUUAAAAUGCCUAAAUCAUAUAUAUCGGAGUAAGCUUUCUCAGAAAGUAUUCUCAUAAAAAAAAAAUCGUAAUAUUUUAAUGUUAUGUAUCUUAAAUUUUCCCGAUUUUUUACAUUUGAUGAGAAAAUCGAAAAUUUACCUUUCCGAUCAGAUUUCUUUUAGAAAAAGUGCUAUUAUUGUAAAUCUGAGCAAAAUUGCUUGUAGAAAAGUUGUUCACAGGAAAAAUGGCCGAAAUGUUUUUCAACUAAUACAUGUACAUUUCAUACAUUUUACCCUCUUAAUCCAACUUGGGUGGGUUGGUAGGUGUUAUCCUCAAACAGGAUUUACCCUAGUGGUUUAAAAAAAGGUUCAGCGCCACUGUGCACACAAACCAGGCCAUACUACAUCUACUACUGCAUAUUAAAAUUUUCAAAAUUCUACAUGGGAUAGAUUGAUGGUGUACGCAUAGACAGAUACUUAGUUUUAUUAAUUAAUACAGAUUAGAGCUUGAAUUUUAUUGCAGUAAGAAAAAGCUACAGCAAAAUUAAUAAUUUUAUAUUAUUAUUGUGCUAAAAAUCUUCAAAUGUUUAAUCCUAAUAUAAUAUAUUUCAAUUAUUUAAUUAGAAAAAAAAAUACAAAAACACUAAAUUACAUGAAAAAAUUAUACAAAUAACAUUAACAAGCAGUAGCAAUAGUUUAGCAUAAACUAUGUAAAAUAUGUAUAUAAAAAUUUGCUAAAUAAAAGCAUUAAAUACAUGUAGGUAUUUUAUAUUUUUAAGAGUUAAGUGGUUGGUACCCUUAAGUAUAAGUAGUAUUUAAAUCUAGCCAGUUCUUAUGUAGAACUUUGAUAGAUUAAUUCUUUUAUUUUUAUGUUUCAGGUGGCGUUAGUGAAUGUCGUUCAUAUACGAGACAAUGUUUGCACUUUGCCCACCAAUAUUCUGGCCCAGUACUUGAAACAAGCGAACGGACAAUUGUCAUCAUUGAAGGUCAGUACGAUUUGUACAUAAUAAUUAGAUAAAGAGUGAACUUAGUAGGUAUAUAAUAUUAUUUAUAGUUAUCAAACAGUGCAGUAAAUACAUACAUAUCAGAUUCUUACCUGCCCCAGUCCUUUUAUCUACAUAUAUAUUAUGAACUGGAACCAAAUUAAAAAUAACCUAUUCUGAAACCAGAGUGAAUUUAAAUAUUUUCAUAUAACCAGUACCAAUGUAUUUCAAUGAUAAAUAACACGUUGUAUAAUGAUUGUACUAAUUUCUUUUUAUAUUUUAUUUUUCAAAUUAUCUAUUUUUGUAUUUUAUUUUUAAAAGCUAAAUUAUUUAUUAUAAUAUUUAUUUUCCUAAUAAAUCCAAGUAUAAAAUAUAAGUACCAGUAAUUGAAGUAUUAUUUCAUUGCAUAAAUUGUUAUGGUUAACAAAUACCCUAAAAUUAAUUUUUAUCAUUUUAAUUCAAAUUUGUAUUUGUACUUAUAAUAAUAUAACAUUACAAAUUGCAUACCUAUAUAUUAUUAUAAAAAGUUUUAUCCACACUUUAUCUACACUACUUAUUUUCGAGAAGAUAUAUUAUAAUUUACUUAAUGGUGUUUUGUAAGACUAGGGUUUUUUUUUUAAUGUCAUCAGAAGAGAAUGUGAGUAGAUUAUUACAGGCACUGCACGCAUUUGAGUAUCUGUAGAGGGUAGGAGUAUAUCUAUGUAGAAGAAUCAAAACUAAAAUAUAUAACCGUGUUGCUUGACUUGGGAAAAAUAUAAGAGGUGUACCUAUAAUAUACACUCAGCAAUAAUGAAUGAUUAGAAUUUAUGUGUUGUAGCUAUAUAAUACAUAACAAAGAAAACCCCACUUAAAUUAAAACAAAUAAGUACUAAAAUUUCUUACACCGAAAGCUAUAAAAAAAAUAACACUAAGAGAAAGUUGUAUUAUAGUGAGACACAGGACACAGCUAGUGGUAACAAUACUAUUUAAAUGAGUAGGUAGUUUUAAUUCCUACCACCUAUGUCAGUAUUAAUAUUUGUAUAAAAUACCAGAGUAUAAUAGUCAUAUUUAAGUACAUCAGUUGUAAUUGUUGUACAUUUUUGUUAUCAUAUUAUGUUUGUUUGAUUUUGCGUUGCUAACAAAAAAAUAUUAUUUUAAGAUCAUCUUCUACUACAUCUAAGUGGCCUGCCUUGGGGGCUGAUCCCUUACAGCUUCUUUUUAUGACAUCAACACCAGUCUCUAUCUAUUCUCAUUGUAUUCUUUGAAUCUUUAUAUAAUUGGUAGACAAAUUUAUAACUUCCUGUAUUUACUAAUUAAACUUUCUUCUCUAUUAAUUUGUCUUCGUAUCAUAAACUGGUCCACAUAUUAUUUUCCAUAAUUCUCAAAGGUAUUUUCAGUUACUGUUGUUAAAAAUCAUGUAAUAAAUUAUCUUUUCACUUUUUAAUGAUAACAACACUUAACAUUUGUAUUAUUUUUUUGGUUUCCACACAGCAACUUUACUUGGCUACUGGCAAUGCACUUAGUUAUCAGGAUGACGCUUGCAGUGACGAUGCAUCACAGGGCGCCCUUGUCUUGGACAACAACAGCAGCAGUCAGGAACAACUUUGUGUCGUGUGUCAAUACUAUCCACUAUCCAGGGCAUUGUUGCCGUGCCGCCACACUUGCAUAUGCGCUUCUUGCUUCGGAAAGUUGGAGACAUGCCCGAUGUGUCGUAGCCCGAUCAAGAGUUACUUCUGCGUGCGCACUGAAGACUACAUGGCAGACUGCGCAUUGGCAUCUGAGAAGACCGGAACAUCUACCAAACGACAGGCUUUCUCCCAGUGGAUUCAAGACAGUAUUACAGACUUUCUUGGCCUACAUUAG